CGGAAACACAAAAUGGAUAUAACAUAUAGACUUCUUCACACGAUUAUCGCCCUAAGGAGGUAAGAUAUAUCUCAACGUUAUCUCGUGCUGAUUCAGAAAUUUGUGAUGACUUUGCCUUUUUUUAAAGGGCUGGUCAGAUAUGGACGUAUAUAUGCAUGGAAUGUUCUGUAUGUGGGCGUUAUUGUAUAUUACAGCUCAUUGUUGUGGUUAUGGUUACGUGUUUUUAUUUUUUUGUCACACCAUUGUGGAGUCAUUUGACAAAAAAUUUGAUUUUUCUGCAUUAUGUAGAGCAAAACCGUCUAACCUGUAUGGCCAUUUUAGGCUGAGGACUCUGGGUGUGGUUUAGUCGGAUUGUCGAGGUGUAUAGACAGGUUCACAAAGUAAAUUUUUUUAAUGAUAUUUGUUUAUAUAUUUUAACUGUCCUCAAGAAAGAUCUAACUGAAAGAUCUAGAACUGAAACGUCGACCUUUAAUUUAUUGAUUAAGAAGGAAUUUGUUGUAAAAGACCAAUACUGCUAGAUUUAUCCAAAGCUAUUUACAAGUAUUUGUCCAAGCAUCGGUCAAGUAAGGAUAAUGGGAGUUGAAGUGCAGGUCAGAUCUUGGAAAAUAAAUAUAUAUUUAUUAUUAUUUUUUUAUAUAAUCUUUUUUAAACUUUGCUUUUUUUAUCUGGCUGAGCAGCCAUGUUUGGUUUUCUGACGAACUGUGAUUGCAAUGAACCUUUAAAAAAAUGUGGUAUGUGUCUGGAGUGGUCCAGUACGCUGUAGUACUAAUGGUUCCAGUAGUACCCUGGCUCCCCCACAGUAUAGUUACCAGCUCCAGAGAAAUUGGCAGCAGACACCCGGCAGACCUCAGGUAAAUUGUCGAACCAGUCUUAAACAGUUUAUUUAUUAGGAGAAAGGGGCGUGACAGUUAACUCCAGCCACCAUAACCACUACAGCAAUCUGUAGUGCUUGCUGUCUUAUUUUAAUCCUGGCAGUGACUUAUUUAACCCCUUACGAACACUAAAGCACUUAGUGUCUCUCUGCUUUUUUAAAUACAGAGUUCCCCUCUUUGCCAUUAAAAUAUAUAAAAUAAUUAUUUUACUUACCUCUUACCCAGCUCCCUCCAUGCUGCAUAUACCUGUCUGCCUCCCGUGAUGUCAUGUAAGAGGUAUGGCCUCUUCAGCGAUUGCCCUAUCUAAUACUCAUCGUAGAGGAGCAUUGGAGAUCUGAUGCGCAUGAGUGGUGAGCACUGACUGCGCAUGUAUCCAAGCUUCCCUAUAGAAUACCAAUGCUUUACUAGAGGGGCUUCCGUGGCGCAUGUCGAAGUUAUACUCUAUUAUUUCUUAUUCAUUUAGCAUAGCUCACAGUUUAAGGAAUAAUUCUUUAAACAGUUGUAGAAUAUUACUAUGUUCCUAUUUAUAUUCAUAGUAGGCAUGGAUGUCUAAUGGGUUAAAAAGAACAGAUGGUACUUUGCUAUGUUGUACCGGGAGAACUCUGGAAUGUGGUAAUUGAGGGUCGUGUCCUUAUAUGGCUAGAGUUAUACUCUGACGUCAUUAUGGUCAUAUCCAUAUAGGAUAAUGUACGAAGGACCACGAGGUUGUUCUUCUUGUCCGGCUGUCCUCUAACUAUGUAGAGACUAACUCGCCCUUCAGGAGUCCAGCAACAAUUUUAUUACAACAGUGAAUUGCAAACUUCAGACUGAAAUACCCAAGCUGUGAUUAUAGCCGAGUUAAAAACUAAAUCAGCACUUUUUCUCUUUAAAUAUAAAAAAAAUUGGCUUCUAAUUCUCUACAAAGUUCUAUUCAAUGAAUAAACCACUUUAGUGUAUAACCCUCUUUGUGUGAGACGGGGUUAAAAGUAAAUAGCUGCAGUACUAGAUUCUGUAAACAAAAACGUUAAAUAGAAGUGCAAACAGUGAUAUGUUUUCUCUGUAGCGCAUGUGCAUGAGCUGGACUGCUUUGCUUCUGGUGACGCGGAAUCAGCUGUUUCUCCGCAGUUCCAUCUGCAGCGCAUACACGCAAGCACUCCUUCUGACAGGCCAAGGAAAAUAAUAGAACAGGGCUGCCAGCAUAGUCAGCACCAAAAAUGACACACCCAGAGAUUCAGGAACCAUGUUUCCAGAGCCUAUACUUGGGAAUUGUGCCUGGACAUCUGGGGGGGGGGGGCAAUCCUACCAGGGAUACUGUGUCUGAGGUUCUGGGGGACACUCCAACCGGGGGUACUGUGUCUGGGCAUGUGGGGGCAAUCCUACCAGGGAUACUGUGCCUGGACAUCUGGGGGGGGGCAAUCCUACCAGGGAUACUGUGCCUGAGUAUCUGGGGGACACUCCAACCAGGGGUUCUGUGUCUGGGGAUGUGAGGGCAAUCCUAACAGGGGUACUGCACCUGGGCAUGUUGGGGGUACUCCAAUCAGGGGUACUGUGCCUAGGCAUAUGGGGGCAAUCCCAUCAGCGGUACUGUUCCUGAGGAUCUGGGGGACACUCCAGCCAGGGGUACUGUGCCUGGGCAUGUGGGGGCAAUCCUACCAGGGGUCCUGUGUCUGGGCAUGUAGGGGGCACUCUCUUUGGGGGUACUGUGCCUGGGCAUGUGAGGGGCACUCUAUCCGGGGGUACUGUGCCUGUGCAUGUGGGGUAGUGCCUGGGCAUGUGGGAAGCACUCCAACUGGGGGUACUGUUCCUGAGAAUCUGGGGGACACUCCAACUGGGGGUACUGUGCCUGGGCAUGUGGGGAGCAAUCCAACCAGGGGUACCUGUGCCUAGGCAUGUGAAGACAAUCCCACCGACGGUACUGUUCUUGAGGAUCUGGGGGACACUCCUACCUAACUAAUAUACAUAUUUAUUUAAAAAUGUUUGUGUGUAUUUAUAAAUAAUUAUGUGGAUUUUAAUAAUUAAAUAUUGAGGGACUUACCUGACAACCCAGACAGAAAGUCCAGAGAAAUUAAUGUGAACGCUUUAUGCUUGACCCUGUAACUUUCCAAAACCCCACAAAACGUGUACAUGGGGGUACUGUUAUACUCGGGAGACAUUGCUGAAUAUAAUAUAUAUUUUAUUGAAGUUAAAAUCAGUUAAAAUGCCAUGCAUGAGUAAGUAACAACAUUUCUUAAUUUCUCACAUUUUAAUAGAAAGAUAAUUAAUAUAAUAAUAAUAUAAUGAUAAUAUAAUAAUAAAAUAACAAUAAUAAUAUAAUGAUAAUAUAAUAACAAUAUGAUACUAAUAUAAAGAUAAUUAAUAUAAUAAUAAUAACAUAACAAUAUUAAUAUAAUGAUAAUAUAAUAACAAUAUGACUAUACUAAUAUAAAGAUAAUUAAUAUAAUAAUAAUAAUAUAAUAACAAUAUGAUACUAAUAUAAAGAUAAUGAAUAUAAUAAUAAUAAUAAUAUAAUGAUAAUAUAAUAAUAAUAAAAUAACAAUAUUAAUAUAAUAAUAUAAUAACAAUAUGAUAAUACUAAUAUAAAGAUAAUGAAUAUAAUAAUAAUAAUAUAAUAAUAUAAUGAUAAUAUAAUAAUAAUAAAAUAAUAAUAAUAUAAUGAUAAUAUAAUAACAAUAUAAUGAUUCUAAUAUAAAGAUAAUAAUAAUAAUAUAAUGAUAAUAUAAUAAAAAUAUGACUAUACUACUAUAAAGAUAAUUAAUAUAAUAAUAAUAAUAUAAUGAUAUUAAUUAGCCAAUUAAAGGAGGGGUUUAAUGAUUGCCAGCUGUGUCUCCCCACUCGGCAAUUCCCGGAACUCCUGCCCCAUUUGCCGAUGGUUUCCGGAGAUUGCCGAUGGUUUCCGGUGAUUGCCGAUGGUUUCCGGAGAUUGCCGAUGGUUUCCGGUGAUUUCCGUCCGCUCCCCGAUCGCUCCGCCCAGCAGACUCCGUGUCCAGGGUUUGUGUAACGCGGCUCGGUAAGUGUCUCUGGGCCGACCCGGGCUCGGGCUGCCAUGGGGAGGAGAGAGGGGCGGCCAGACCGGACUGGAAAUACAUAGACUGACCGGGGGGGCCGGAUUGGGGGUGAUGGGGGUCCUGAUAGGGGGCUGGGGGUGAUGGGAGUCCUGAUUGGAGGCUGGGGUGAUGGGAGUCCUGAUUGGGGCUGGGGGUGAUGGGGAGUCCUGAUUGGAGGCUGGGGUGAUGGGGGUCCUGAUUGGGGCUGGGAGUCCUGAUUGGAGGCUGGGGUGAUGGGAGUCCUGAUUGGGGCUGGGGGUGAUGGGGGUCCUGAUUGGAGGCUGGGGUGAUGGGGGUCCUGAUUGGGCUGGGAGUGAUGGGGGUCCUGGAUUGGGGCUGGGGAGUCCUGAUUGGAGGCUGGGGUGAUGGGAGUCCGAUUGGAGGCUGGGGUGAUGGGAGUCCUGAUUGGGGCUGGGGGAGUCCUGAUUGGAGCUGGGGUGAUGGGGGUCCUGAUUGGAGGCUGGGGGUGAUGGGGGUUGAUUGGAGGCUGGGGUGAUGGGGUCCUGAUUGGAGGCUGGGGGUGAUGGGAGUCCUGAUUGGAGGCUGGGGGUGAUGGGAGUCCUGAUUGGAGGCUGGGGGUGAUGGGAGUCCUGAUUGGGGGCUGGGGGUGAUGGGGGUCCUCCACGGGAUUUCCUUUAUUUAGCAACUCAUUUCACCAUAAGGAGCGGUGAGUUUGUAAAAAAUUAUCUUUUAACUGUUGAGUUAUGCGGGUCAUAUUUUGUGUUAUGUUUGUUUAUUUUCUUUAGAAUAGUUUGAUCUAAUAAUCAUCUGAGGAAAGGGAUUUAGGGGUGAUUAUUUCUGAUGACUUAAAGGGUUACUAUAGUCACCUGAACAACUUUAGCUUAAUGAAGCAGUUUUGGUGUAUAGAACAUGCCCCUGCAGCCUCACUGCUCAAUCCUCUGCCAUUUAGGAGUUAAAUCCCUUUGUUUAUGAACCCUAGUCACACCUCCCUGCAUGUGACUUGCACAGCCUUCCAUAAACACUUCCUGUAAAGAGAGCCCUAUUUAGGCUUUCUUUAUUGCAAGUUCUGUUUAAUUAAGAUGUUCUUAUCCCUGCUAUGUUCAUAGCUUGCUAGACCCUGCAACAGCCUCCUGUAUGUGAUUACAGUUCAAUUUAGAGAUUGAGAUACAAUUAAGGUAAAUUACAUCUGUUUGAAAGUGAAACCAGUUUUUUUUUUUUUCAUGCGGGCUCUGUCAGUCAUAGCCAGGGGAGGUGUGGCUAGGGCUGCAUAAACAGAAACAAAGUGAUUUAACUCCUAAAUGACAGUGAAUUGAGCAGUGAAAUUGCAGGGGAAUGAUCUAUACACUAAAACUGCUUUAUUUAGCUAAAGUAAUUUAGGUGACUAAAGUGUUCCUUUAAAGGUAGGCAGACAAUGUAAUAGAGUAGCAGGAAAUGCUAGCAGAAUGCUUGGUUGUAUAGGGAGAGGUAUUAGCAGUAGAAAGAGGGAAGUGCUCAUGCCAUUGUACAGAACACUGGUGAGACCUCACUUGGAGUGUUGUACACAGUACUGGAAACCGUAUCUUCAGAAGGAUAUUGAUACCUUAGAGAGAGUUCAGAGAAGGGCUAUUAAACUGGUUCAUGGAUUGCGGGAUAAAACUUACCAGGAAAGGUUAAAGGGACACUAUAGUCACCCAGACCACUUCAGCUUAAUGAAGUGGUCUGGGUGCAAUGUCCCUCAGGUUUUAACCCUUCAGAGGCAAACAUAGCAGUUUCAGAGAAACUGCUAUGUUUACAUUUGGGGUUAAGCCAGCCUCUAGUGGCUGUCUUCCGGACAGCCACCAAAGGCGCAUCUGUGACGCUGGAGGCAUAUUAUGGCUCUAUCGCGCAGAGCAUCCAUAGGAAAGCAUUGAGAAAUGCUUUCCUGUAGACACUUUGCGCACGUGGCACUUGCCGCGCAUGCGCAUUCAGCUCAGCUGACGUCGGACGGGGAGGAGAGGUCACCAGCGCCGAGGGAGCCCUGCGCUGGAAUAAGGUAAGCUGCUAAAGGGGUUUUAACCUUCUGUGCCACAGGAGGGGGACCCUGAGGGCGGGAGCACCCUCAGGGCACUAUAGUGUCAGGAAAACCGCUUUGUUUUCCUGACACUAUAGUGAUCCUUUAAAGGAUCUUAACAUGUAUGAUAGAAACAACACAGUAAAGGAGGAGACUAUAUUUAAAAGAAGAAAAACUACCACAACAAGAGGACAUAAUUUUAAAUUAGAGGGGCAAAGAUUUAAAAAUAUCAGGAAGUGUUACUUUACUGAGAGGGUAGUGGAUGCAUGGAAUAGCCUUCCAGCUGAAGUGGUAGAGGUUAACACAGUAAAGGAGUUUAAGCAUGCGUGGGAUUGGCAUAAGGCUAUCCUAACUAUAAGAUAAGGCCAGGGACUAAUGAAAGUAUUUAGAAAAUUGGGCAGACUAGAUGGGCCGAAUGGUUCUUAUCUGCCAUCACAUUCUAUGUUUCUCCUUAUUGGAAGCUGGGGGUGAUGGGGGGGGGGGAGUCCUAAUUGGAGGCUGGGGGUGAUGGGGGGAGUACUCCUUAUUGGAGGCUGGCUGUGCUGGGUGUGGUAUAUGCUCAGUAUUAGGUGUCUUACAUGAGUUCUCAUAAUGCCUGUCCUGCUGAGGGUUUUUUGAGUCCAGUAAACCCCUGCCUGCCCCUCUAAUGGUUUUAUUUGAGGUAAUUGGAGAGUGAAUUCAAUAAAAAUCUUCCCAAAUGCAGAAUUAGAGUGAAAUUAAAAUCUGAGGAACCUGGAUACUGUGUGUAAUGAAGAUCCCAUGUUAUUCAAGAUGUUGUGUGAAUUUAGGAACUACUUUAUCUUAUUAUUAUUAUUGCCAUUUAUUUCCGUAGCGCUUUACAAUAAUAUGAGAGGGGGGAUUUAACUAUAAAUAGGACUAUUACAAGAAAAUUAACAGGAACGAUAGGUUGAAGAGGAUCCUGCUCAAACGAGCUUACAGUCUAUAUCUUACCUGGCAAUUGAGAUAAAAAAUAAAUAAAUAAAAAAAAAAACACUGCUAGUGGCCACUAGUGUGGUGGGAGUGACUAAGCUCCAUUUCCACUUAUGUGAAUUUGCAAAAUGGGUUAUCUGUUAGUUUGAGAACUAACUACCACGACUACUAGAAUCAGAAAGAGGAAGCCAUAAGGUAACGUAAUCCUUACAGUCACAAGAUAAACCUUGAGAACAGGACUUAUGGGGGUUAAAAUUGGCUCACUAUUUUCGGAGAGCAAUGCCUCCUUAUUCACACUGAACUGUGAAUUCAGAGGGAAUUUCAAAUCACUCUAGACGUGGCUCAUUAACUAAAGUGAGAAUAUAAUGUGAAUUUCAAAUUUAGGUCCUAAGUAGCCGAAAUAAAAGCUGAUUUAGAGAAUAUGUCCAGUUUGGCUACCUUGUCCUUAAGUUUGAAAUUCACUAUGAAGUCUCCAUUUAGUAGAUAACCCUGUAUGGGUGAUGGUGACCCCUUCAUGGGGGCUGCAUGUACAACAUUGCAUUUAGGAUAUAAUUCACCAAACUUGUAUUUCAGAUUAGCCUUAACUUGCCAACGUCAGCUGAAUUUUUAUUUUUAUUUUUUUUGUGCCUAAAUUCUGCUGACUUUAGUUUAACAUAAUGUAUUGUUUUGUAAAUAAACCCAACAUGUCAAUUUAUUACAUAUCUUUUUUUUACAUUUUUUAUAAUUAUUGCAUGUCAUUUUAUCACACUAUCUUUUUUAUUUAUUUAUUUAUAAUUAUUGCUUUAUUAAAAAGAAGCAAAGGUUGAUAAUAAAAGUUUGUUUGAACAGUUUUGUGGUUAUAAGCUUGUUAGAAAUUUAAAGAUUAAACUCUGUUAACUCUUUAGUGAUUAUAUUCUAUUUUGUUUCAAUUCUAGCAUAUUAAACCACAUAAAAGUGGAUACUAACUCUGAAACUAAACUAAUGGGGAUUAUUUCUUGAACUCUGAUUGGGAGGGACAUUUAUAGUAAGAUAGCCAAGUUCUCACUAUAGGGUUGUUAGAGAAUUUAUCCAAAAUCAGUACUUUUUUUUGCCUAAAUUUUACUUUGGUUUUUAAUUCAUUACCCUUUCUUUUAAUAAAUAAUUUAUGGUGUAAUAAAUUAGCCUGACAACUUUCACAACUAGGGUUACAGAUUGCUAAACCGUUAAUGUCAUUCAUUGAUCUAUUGCCCAAUUUAAACAAUUCCAAGCGCAUACCAUGAAUGUGAUUCACACAUUGCUCAGAGCCCGUAUUUGCAAUAUGCAUAGUUUUGUCUAAUUUGUUUUUAUCUAGAAUUUUUUUUAUUUUUUUUAAACAUUGUGUCUUUGCAAAAACAUUUUAUUUUUCUUUGUAUAUAAUUGCACACAGGCUCAUAGCAGUUCAUAAUACUGCUUUCAUGUCCUUUAUACACUAUGAUCAGGGGCCCAGAGUUUAUACAUCACAAAGUUUGAACCAUUCAUCAAUAGGAAUGUUGGCUCAGUGACCAGUUCUGCAGCUAGAAUUUACUGAACAUUAACCUACACCGUAACCCCUUAAGGGCCAAACUUCUGGAAUAAAAGGGAAUCAUGACAUGUCACACGUCAUGUGUCCUUAAGGGGUUAAUUAACCUACACCUUAAUUCAAAUCUUGCCAGUAUCUCGAGGGAUUUGCAGUGGAGAAAGCACUGUAGCUUUUAUGAAUACUGUGUUGUGGCCAGUUUAAAACUUGAUUUAAUAGAGUAAAACCUCACUUUAUGGUACUUUGCGAAUACAGUGCUUUUCAAUUUGUAGUAAGAUGCUCGUUUAAGGCUAGCAAUACAUACAGUGGUAACAACAUUGUCAUUAUUUUUACUUUUACAUAACAUAACUUACAUAAUCUUACGUUUCCUUGAGCUGCAUUGGGAAGUCUGUGAUUGGACAGCUACGAAAUCUGGUUGGGUUUAGAAGGGGAGGACUUGUAAAGGCUGCAGACAAGAGAUCGGCAGCAUUUGCAAACUGUCUUUAGAUAGAAAUAGCCCCAAUGGGAAAAAAAUGCAUAAACAUGUUUUAUUGGAGAGGUGUGUGUGUGUAUAUAUACUAAACAGUGAUUUUAAAAAUCUAUAUAUUGUAUUUGGGCAGUGGUGUGUGACAGGGCAGCUAUAAUUAAAUGGAGAUUCCUUUUUGAGCCAUCCGAAGAAAAACACUGAUUUAAGGCCAAACUAGUGUAUUGGGGGGACAUAAGUGUAACAAAGCCUAAUCAUUUCUCUUUCCCAGGCGUGGCUAUUUAUUUUUCAAGUUAAUUCUCAGAAUGCCAAUCACAGUUUAUUGGAUAAACCCCAGUGAUUGUACUAACACAUUUAAAACCAUUCAGCUUCUUUCACAGUAUGUUUUAUAUCUGUCUGGCCUGCGCUUUUUGAAUACAUGUCUUUCUAAGCUUUGUAAUGAGCCCUAGAGGGCUUGUUAUAUGUUUAUUGGGAGGAUUGGAGGAACUGUGUAGGGACCCCCAAUUUCAGUGCAAUAUGAGGAUUGGGUUACAUGUAGUUGUGCUAUAUGUUUGUAUGUAUAUCGUAUCACUGUAAACAAUGUUACCAUUUGAAUUUACGUCAGAAAGCUGAUAACUGGGCUACAACUCAUAUUAAAGGGACACUAUAGUCACCUGAACAACUUUAGCUUAAUGAAGCAGUUUUGGUGUAUAGAACAUGCCCCUGCAGCCUCACUGCUCAAUCCUCUGCCAUUUAGGAGUUAAAUCCCUUUGUUUAUGAACCCUAGUCACACCUCCCAGCAUGUGACUUGCACAGCCUUCCAUAAACACUUCCUGUAAAGAGAGCCCUAUUUAGGCUUUCUUUAUUGCAAGUUCUGUUUAAUUAAGAUUUUCUUAUCCUCUGCUAUGGGGUCCACCCCUGAAUUCGCCCACAAAGAUGCAGUGUGUUUGUGUAGUGGAUGCAGUGUGUGUGCGUUUGUGUAGUGGAUGCAGUGUGUGUGUGUGCGCGUUUGUGUAGUGUGUGUGUGCGCGUUUGUGUAGUGUGUGUGUGUGUGUGUGUGAAAGUGGUCAAAAUGUAGAUCCCCAACUGUGGUACAAGUCCCAGAAUGCUUUGCUGGCCCGGGAUCUACAAUUUUCCCAUCCUUGCAGGGUUGUAUUAAGCAGUGAGCAGUGUAUGUGUGUUUGAAUGUAAGCAUGUUUUUUUUUUAUGGAGUAUGUUUGUAUGUGAAUGUGGUGUUUGAAUGCAGGUGUGCAUUUGUGUGUAGUGUAUACAUUGCCACAGACACACACGCACAGACAAAGUUACACACAUUGAUACAUAGUUACACACACAAUACAGGUGUUAGCUGGGAGGAAGUGACCAGAUCUCAUUUCCUUCCAGUACUGCCAGGAACAUUAAAGGAGCCUGGCCUCGCUAUUAGAGAUUCACAGUGCUGACCGGGCCCCUUAAGGCCACCCGAUUAGCAUAUGUCAUAAGUGCAUGGUCACCCCGGUGCAGCAACACCAGCGGUAGUUCUGCAGCUGCCAGGGCACAUAUAGCCUUAAGUGCUAUAUAUGUAUGUAUGUGCACAUUGGGACAGCCUGGCUCGUGACAGCAGUCAUGGUUGUCACCCCCUGAUGGUGGACCCUGAAAGCUUCUGCCAUCUUCUUCUUGCAGACCAUCGACGGUCCCUGGUGCUUCAUUUGACAGGAGCUGCGUUAGUGCUGUACCCCCACUCAUAUCGCAGAAGCUUUCGUAGAUCACAUCUAUGUGAUAAGCGAGACAUUGCCUGAAUCCCACAGCCAUCUCUUGUGAUGACUGCUGCGAUUGGACAAUUUUUGAUGAAGCUCCACCUUUGGUCCACUUUUGUCAAACUCCAGUUAAGUUUACACAGUGUAACCAAACCUUGUUUCAUAACAUCUUUGUAUUGUGUAGCAGUUAAUACAGGUGAAUUGCUGUAUUAUAUUCUGUGUGUAUCCCCAUUAUUUUCCUAUAAAUGUGCCUGCUCCCUGUUUGGGAGGUCUUACACGAAGGGAAUGCAUUCACCUCCUAAACGGGGUCCACCCUAAUAACUCGUUUAGAAUGUUCGCACUUCGUAAUGAGGUCUCAAAACCAAAAACCGCAAGCGAAGCCCUCGGCGCGUGCCUCUCCUGGGUGGCAGCCCAUUUGUUAGACGAACGCCAUUCAGGGGGAGCAUUCGUGUAUUGCUUCCCACCUCAUUCGGUUCCCGGACGAGGACCUACCCAGUGCCCCUUGGAAUAUCAGUUUAGAACGUUGGCAACUUGCAACUUAAGUGUGACACCGCAAGGAAAGUAAUUGAGUGCGUUCCUGGGUGGCCGCCGUUCGUAUAGACGAGCUGCGGCCAGGGGGAGCAUUCGUGUCCCGGAAGGAGACUCUUCCCUUGCCUGGUUUCACCCAGGGACCCCACAAACGGAGGUUUUCUGUAGCUGGGAGUCAAAGAUGCGAGAAACUUUACUGUGCUGGGGCUCCCAGGUACAGAGGCUCAUGGGAUAAAGACCCACCUGUCCCCGGAGGUGGGAAACUGAGGAUGGGUGGCGGGACAAAGGGACUGGGAUUCUGGAUCCGUGAUACGACCCCUGAGAGGGGGAGGACCCUGGGAGGGGACAUUGUCUUUAUGUGUGAUCCACCCCAGGCAUGGGGAAAAGUAUAAAGCAGAAUGUGGCCAAUACAGUUGUUGUCAUAUCCCCAGCACUGUGUGUCGUCCGGUUACUGGGGGGAAAUGGGUCUCUCUGCAUUAUAACGUAUUCCCUUCCAGGGACAAGACGUAGCUGAUCACGGGCAACCGGUCGGGUUGGUAGGAUGCCCACUACAGCAGUCAAACAGAGUAUUUCAUAAAGAAGAUAUGGGGGAUUGGGAUGGUUUUUAGCAGAUAAAGCAUUUCUCUUUUAAAGUGGCAUUUUCAUCAGAAAAACUAUUGAUAAAAUGUAAUAUUCUAAAACUGACUGCAUUGUGCCUGAUUUACUUACAUCUAUUCAACAGUGUUUUAAUUUGAAUUAAAGAUUUGUCACUAACCUUGUGACACCUAUGACAUAGAAUCCAUAAUGAUAAAUAAUGUUUAUUUUAGUAGAAAUGAAUGUGGAAAGCAACAAGGGAAUGUGACCUACAAUAUAUAGAUAUAUAAUGUGCUAAAGGCCAGUGACCUUAAAAUCUGACCAUACAGCACUACAUACAAAGUGCUGAUCGAGCUGGGAACUUUCUUAAAAGUAGACUCCAAACCCCUAAAGCAUUUAAGCAGUUUUGAUGUAUCUGUUGUGGUUUAAUUUUGAUUAAAGUCCAUUUUAAAGGCUAACGGUCUCCUUAGCACUAUUUUUUUUAAUAUAAUGAUCCUUCCAUCACAUUUUGUAAGGAAAAAGAUUGUGUUAAAUGAAGUAUAUGUGUAAAAUUUCUUUAGAAAACUCAUUCCUACCUUUUAGUAAAUGACCAGAUCUUUCAGCUAUAUACGUACACCUUGGGUCAGACAUUGUUUGAAAACCAACAAUUAGUCUCUAUGGUCUCCCCUGCCCAGCGCAGUCACAUCAUCCGACCCAAUAACUGUAUAUGUAAAUGUAUAAGCACCAAAGCAACUUUAAUGCAUUUGAUAGAUUUUGGUCUCAUUAAUAUGUAUUUUUUGCAUGCUCAAUCCUUUGUAGUUUUUGGGCCAAAAAAAGUUUUGCAGAAUAAUAAAUAAACCUGCUUCCUUAACCAGACCCCAUAAUAUCAUAUUGAGUUCUUGUACAAAGGUAUGUACACAAUUUCAGCCCUAACACCACUGAGUGAGCCGCUUUUAAUUCACAACCUGGUUGCAGACCGUACGAGAAACAAAAACAGGCAGUUAAAUCCUUACUAUAUGUCUUCCUGGGUGUCCUCUCCUUCUAAUGUUGCUUGUUCAGAUCAUUCAGUUCUGUAAGGGCUGAGCUGUGUACGUACAUUGAUAAGGAAGUAUCUAAUAAAGUGGGGGACUUGUUAAACCCAACUCUGCAAAGGGUUAAGUAUGGGGGGUGAUUGAUUAGUAAGUUUUAAAGGUCUCCGUGCAAAGCCUCAGUUCUGCUUCGAGCAGAGUUUGGUUUUAUGAAAGUUGUAAACCAUAGUACAACUUCCUGAAACAUUUGUUCUGCUUAUUUAAUAGAAGGCGAUUUGGAAUGUAGGACACAGGGUUAAUAUGAAGAAUGCUGCAAAACAGAUUAAACAAGAUCUAUAAAAUGUAUAAACGCGAGUGCUGACAUGUUCCAUUUAGUCAAUUUCCUUACUUUGCAUGUUUGCGUUCUAGGUUGUGGCUUUUUGCACAUCAAGAUAUAUAUCCACAAUCAGAUAAAUGAUAUAUCAUACAUUUAAUUUAACUGCUUAGUGCACAAACAUGUGUAUUGUGUAACCUUGGAAACCUCGACUUAACUGGAAAAGCAUUUAUUUUCUAUAAUUUAAAAUAUUCCAAAGUACAUCUGUCAUAUUUUAAAUAUAAAUUAAACAAAAAAUACAUGUACAGUCAAAGGAAAUCUAGCUACCACUUCCUGCUUAAGCAAAGCUCUCGUCACAACUGAGGUGUGUGUGUGUGUGUGUGUAUAUAUAUAUAUAUAUAUAGUCUGCCUGACUGCUCUCACACAUCACAAGCAUAUUACAACUCAAGGCCUACGCGUUUCACAUUGUAUUCCCAAUGCACGCAGUUCCUGUUAGCUCUCUUGCGUGGCCAGAUCAUUGGCUGAGAUUGCCAGCUGAUCACUCUCAGCCGCUAAGCCCUGCACCUGCCUUCCCUUUUUUCUUUUUAUAAUUCUCACCGCACUUAUUGUUCCCUAUUGAUGGAUAGUUCAUAAGCCCCUGGAAAUUCGGUAUCCUGUAUCGUUCAGUCACUUGAUAUUUUUGCUGGAGGUCAGAUUUCUAGGUACUUUAUGUGUAGAUUAACAAUCCAAUAAAAACAGAAUGUUGGCUGACAAUGAAUUCUACAGUAUUUGUGAUUUACAGAUAGUUUGCGUGAUUCGAUUCCCACCCACCGGUGUGCGCCAAAUGAACUGUCAGAGCCUGCGGGGCUUGAUUACCCACAAUAAAAUGUAUUGUGUGUCACUGUAUACACAACAUUCUUUGUGUAUCUAUUUGAAGUCUAAACAUGCUGAUAUAUACACACCCAAACGUGGGAACUAACUUUGAGAAAAAUCAAACGGUUUAAUAAUAAUACUCGAAGGCCUAUUCUCUGAGUAGUUUUAGCACACUUCUUAAUGUAGAGAAGAGAUGUUACGGGACGUCACCUUUUCAUGGUGACGAUAUUUUUACUUUGUGUGUGGGUGACUUCUCGUUAACUCACUCAGAAUUGCCGUUGUAUGUUGGUAUAAAUGAUUCAGCCUUCACACCAAGUACUGCUGUUUGGAAUACUAUGUAUAAUUUGUAUCUCAUUUACCUGCACUGCGGGAAAUGCAAAUAGUUGUCAACGUGCGACUAUUACCUAGUAAUACCAGUGUAGCCAGCUCUGUGCUUAGUGCACUAUAUACCAGAAAGGCUGGAAUGCAAAAUCAUUUAACCUCUGAUAAUAUUAUCUCUAUCUUUUCACCCAUCCUCCAGAUGUGGGACUUUGCCCAUACCACUCCUAUCCCUCCCAAUUCGUAACCUCUUGCUGUCUGCCUCCCCACAUUCCACAGCUUUAACCACUUCCUCUAGCAUUUUCUACCAUAUUCUCCUAUAUUAAAGGAGCGCGGUCACAUCCCAGGAUUUGUAAUAUUGUGUGUCUGUAUCCUCCACAUUUAACAAAUGUGUACGCGUGAGCUCUGAAAAAGCGAAUAAAAUGUAGAAAUUCACCCACUGUAUUUAGUUCUACCCUGGUACUGUGUGCCGCCAUCUUGGCUCUCUGUCAACGAUUGUGUAAGCUCCGCUGAAUUAUCAAUAUAUGGAAACUCGUUUCACAGGUGACUUUUCAAUAUAUAUUUCAAUAGUGUAAUUUUUAGAGACGUGCUGGUAACGCUCUCAAGUUGCUCCUAUCGUGUUUGUUUUUAUAACUUCCUCAUGCUACUGGUAGGUAGAUUGAAACUUUUAAACCUGUUUUUCCUGCUUGAACACAUUUGUCUCCUUCCUUGAAAUCUCGCCAGUUGCGGUUGGCCUCCAUGCAAUCCUGGACACUUCAAUUCGUUCACCUUUAUUGUAUUAAUAAGCUGCUGGAUGGUAAUCGGUAGAUCACUGCUUGAUUAUUGAUUGUUCAAAGGGGGAAACACUUUUCAUGUACUUCCCAACAGAACAAACAAAUGAUUUGUACCUUGGUAAAUUAUGUAUAUCUGGCAGGAAUCCCAUGAACCGUGUGUAAAGAUUUUUUACCCCGCUUAGUGAUAAAACUAAUCGAAUCCGGCUGAGCAUCUUGGAGAGUUGUUUAAUCAAUGACUUGCAUAUCAAGCAUUUUGUACUUUAAACCAUUAUAAAUAGACCAAUUUUGCAUAAUACGUUAUUCCAUAAAAUGAUCGAUCGCUUUAAAAAAAAAUAAAAAAUCUAAAUCUGUUUGCAGUAGCUUUAUUUGCCAGCAGUGUGUUGACUGACUUCUUUUAAUUCUAUUUGUUUAUUUUUCUUUGUUUGUAGGUUAUUUGGUUAUUUCUGUUAAUGUCAUUUUUUUUUUUAUAUUGUCUUUGCGUGUUUCCAGGCUGUAACUCUGGAAAAGGAUCAGUCAUUAACCGUGGCUGGCAUGUUCCUGCACGCUGGUUUAAAUGUAAACAAGAGAUUAAAGGAUCACUAUAGUGUCAGGAAAACAAACCCAUUUUCCUGCCACUGUCACCCUUGGGGGACCCUCACACUCAGGGUACCCCUCCCAUGGCACUGUAGGGGUUAAAACCCCUUCAGCAGCUUACCUUAAUCUGCGUGCACAUUCUAACAGUCCAUAGGAAAGCAUUUCUCAAUGCUUUUCUAUGGACGUUCUGCACGUUGGAUGCAAAUUUCACAUCCAGCGUCAGGAAGACAGCUACUGGAGGUUGGAUUAACCCUGCCAUGUCAACAUAGCAGUUCCUCUGAAACUGCUAUGUUUACAUGUGAAGGGUUAAAACCUGAGGGACCUGGCACCCAGACCACUUCAUUGAGCUGAAGUGGUCUGUGUGACUUUAGUGUCCCUUUAACCCCUUAAGGACCAAACUUCUGGAAUAAAAGGGAAUCAUGACAUGUCAUGUGUCCUUAAGGGGUUAAAUGCAUUAUAAAACAUGGAAUAAUAAAGGUACCUGUGGUUGCGGAAAACAAACUAUAUUUUCAGUUGCUGUGAUGAAGUAUCUAUAUUUAUUACUGAGAUAAAAUCUGUAGAAGAUACGAGAAAUAAUGAGUUUCUCAGAUUGUUGGUAGAGAUCUAAAGAAAGAAAAAACAAAAAUAAACCCUCCAAUGUUUGAAAUGUCAUGACAUACCACCAGUGACAUUUUGUUUGAAUAUUUUUCUUAUAAAUCACGCAUAGUAGUUGAAUACACCCUAAUAAGGAUUGCAUCUGAACGGUGACUGUGUUUAUAAGGGGGGGCUGAGAGUACAGGGAAUAAAGUGCAAGAUUUGAAGAACUGUUGCAUAUAGUACCCACGUGUUAUUACUUCGUCGGCCGUGGUUUUCCCACUUCAGUAAGUGGUCACAGUUUCUCAUCUGGUUUGAGGAGUCGACCUGUUAGAUAUGUUUAACUCCACUUCAGGAGAGAUAGGAGGAGCUCCCGCCAGCAGAUUUUAAGGCUUUCAGUACUGAUUGGUGCAUGUUUUGGGGGACUGCUGAGGUUCCAGCCCUAGCACACAGAACUUGUGCUAGGGCCCUCCCUCGUCCACUCCCUCUCUGGCUCAUACUGCGCAUGCAUCCUGAGCCAAUGAGACCGGUCCAGUGAAAUGCUUUACUGUGACAUCAGAGAUGGAGGGAGUGAAGCAGCGUGAUAUCAGACGGGGUGUGGGAUAACGUCGCCUGGCGUUUUGGUUAUGUCAGUUCUGUCUUUGUUACAGAGCAUUUUUCAUUUAAAAAAAAAAAAAAAAAAGUGCUCGGUUAGGGAUUUUAAAAUAAAGGACUCCUAAGAAAGGGUUGAUGUAACCCUACAAUGAUAUUUGCUGAGCAUUUCUGCAAAAAUAAGAAAAGCAUUGCCAUGUAAUAGAGCAGUAAGGGGUGAUUUAGUUGCAGAUAGUACUCCUUUAACACCUGUGACCUGCGUUAUACUUAUCUGUGAGAUCAAACUGCAACUGAUAGUUAACUUCAAUAUAAAGCUAAACCGCCAUCUGCUUCAUGGGAAACGGUUUGGCCUCACCUUGAACCAAGAAUACAGGAGCUCUGCAUUUAGCAUCCUGCACCAACUCCCACAACUCUCAGGCCUCACCUUAUACUCCCAGAACCAGCAAUACAGGAGCUUUGCAUUUAGCAUCCCGCACCAACUCCCAGGCCUCACCUUGCACUCCCAGAACCAACAAUACUCAAGCUCUGCUCAACCCACGUUCCCCCUAAAUAAGUAGCCUGCUCCUCCAGCUGUUUGAGAUUCUCACUCAAUUACCUCUCCACUCCCUCUAUAUUCUACCAAUAGCUGCAACUCUCCAUUAACUCUUUUAGCCACCACUUCCAAACUUCCCCUGCUACCUUUUUGUCUCAAAUCCCCACUGCAUCCUUUAGAUUGUAAGCUCACUGGCAAUCUAGCUAAGCACUUUGUGUAAAAGAGCUCCAAUGGCUAGAUAUCAGCUUACAGUCAGGUACCCUCUCUACCUUUUGUAUUUGUCUGUGUGUAUAUUGUACAUUCUCCACUAAUUGUACAGCGCUGCGGAAUCUGUUUGCACUUUAUAAAUACCAAUAAUAAGAAAAUUAAAACACCGCAUUGUGUAGCUAGCCAUAAUUUAAUCAGUUAAAGGCACAAACUGGCAACAUGAAGGUUCCAAUACUCCACUGAUCUUAUGGGAUCCGUAUAUGUUGUGAUCCAAGCAGAGAUGUGAAGAAAUAAAUGAAAUUCAAACUUUAUAAUGCAAAUUAAAAACAGAUAAGUUCACCCCUUUUAUAAUGGACUCCUUUCCAAGUGAAGUCACGCCAGAGAAUAGUUCGUCCGGUGCUGGCAAUCUCUGUCCUUUUGAUUCUACAGUCUGGGACGAACUAUUUGAGUUCUAGGAGGCGGGGCUUGACGUACUACGUCGAUGGCAGCGGGAUAACGCGUUUUGCCGUAGAUGGCUUCUUCAGAUCUGAAGCUAGGGUUUUAGUUUGUUUAUUUGGCCUACAACUUGGGAUACAGUAACCUACCCAGUGAGGGUUAUUUUCUUAACGCACCGAACUAUAGUGAAUUUAAAUCCGAAUUGUAAUAUAUAGGAUUUGGACCUCUUGUGUUCUGAUGCUGGCUAGCAAUAUAGUGGGUUUUUGAGCCUCUGUACUAUUCCAAGGGUUAAUGAUAAGACUCAGUCCUUUAUUUAGCUAUCCUCUGUCUCUCGGUAAUGAGAGGGCCUCAUUUCACAGGAAGGCUAUAUUGGUCACUUCUGCUCUAGCUGAAGGAAACUAGGCCAAAAAUAAUCUUGCCGGAAGAAUAACUAGAAUAAGUAAAAAAUUUUACAUUUUGUACUUUUCGCUUAAUAUUCCCUUCUGUGCAAUUUUCAGCUUAGCAAAUUAACUCCUAGUUUCUGCUGUAUUUUAACCCAGAGAGCUUACAUUCUGAGUAUGAUUGUUAAAGCAGCACGGUCACCCCCCCAUCCCAUCCACCCAUGAAAAGUGAAUGUCAUAUGGAUAGAAUAUUUAUAAAAUACUUAUACUGUUAGAAUUCCACUGAAACUGUGACCCAAUCAAGAGAUAUAUACUGAGACUCCCGUGACUACUACAGGGAAUUGGCUCUGUCUUUGGAGGAUUUUGCAGGAUCAAAGAGUAGACCCCCAGUGGUGGUUUCACUGUCAGGGGCUCUGCGAAUUCUGCAAAGUCGUCCAACGGGGACAUAGAACCCCUUCUGCCACUUACCUUUAUCCAGUGCUGGGCUUCCUCGGCGCUGGUGACCUCUCCUCUCCAUCCGACGUCAGCUCUCAAAUGGAGCCGAAUGCGCAUGCGUGGCCAGAGCUGUGCGCGCAUUCAAACUGCCCAUAGGAAAGCAUUACUCAAUGCUUUCCUUUGGACAUUCUGCGUGCUUGAUGUGAUUUUCGCAUUGAGCGAAAGCACCUCUAGCGGCUGUCAGGAAGACCGUUUAUCUGAAACUGUUUUACAGCUGUAGGGUUAAAACCUGGGGGACCUGGCACCCAGACCACUUCAUUGAGCUGAAGUGGUCUGUGUUACUAUGGUGGUCCUUUAAGACUUUCUAACGUGAAAUAACUGUGCUGUAAGAUGUGAUUGAAAAUGAAACCAUUUUUUUCAGGAUGACUGAAACAGAAACAAAAGUGAUUUAACUCCUAAAUGGCAGAGAAUUGAGCAGUGAGACUGUAGGUACAUGAUCUGUACUCCAAAACUGCUUCAUUAAGCUAAAGUUGUUUUGGUCCCUCUAGUGUCCCUUUAACGCACGUUAGAGGGGAGUUUCACAAUUUUAUUCAGUGAUGUUAUUCCAGAGAGAGGGCGGUUCCCUUUAAUGCUUAUUUGUCCCCCCAUGAUCCUACAAUUGUUUAUUUUGCUUCAAUGGCGGCAGUGUUGGCUGAAAUGCAGGCGUCAUGUCUGCUCUUAAAAGUAAUCUGCAGAGUAUCGCCCACCCCAUAAUGCUUGUGGGUUUUUUUAGGACUGAAAAACUAUUUCCAUUUCAUUGCACUCAACCGGGGUAAUUCUAUUCAUACGUUGUCGUGUUGGCAUUACUGUUAGUUUUGUGCUUUAACAUUAAGUGCGUUUUUUACAAAUACAGCUGGCGUUUAUGUCCACACAGAUCGUAAUUUCCUUGUGAAGCAAAUGGCAUUGUUUAUAAAGGGAAAAUGUCUUUCUUAAAGUGCACCUGCUGAAUUGAUAUCAAUUUUUUUUUUUCCUGUUUUGUCAGAUAUGAAGCAGAUGGGAAUCAUUUUAUUAUUUUUGCCUUUAGCCCUGUGCACCCUCGAAAAAUCCUGCAAUUUUCCUGCAGGCUUGACAUAAUAAAACUCUGCAAAUAAAUAUAUUUAACAUUUUUUAUUUGGAGUAUGUAUAACCGCUUGGAGAAGCUGCAGAUUUCUUGUCUGCAGCCUUUGCAAACCCGCCCAAUCCCCCUUAUUAUUAUUUUUGCCAAAUAUUUAUUCAAGAAGGAUUUUUUUUCCCUAGUUUGUUGCAGAAUUGGAAGCGUUUCAAAUUGGGUUUUUUGCCUUCUUUUGGAUCAACAGCAAAAACAUACGUGAGGAAGGCUGAACUUGCUGGACGCUAGUCUCUUUUCAGCUAUGUAACUAUGUAACAUAAGGUUUUGUAAUUUGAAAAACGGAGAAGUUGUGAAUACUUACAUCUGUUUCAAUACAUUGUAAUAUUUGUAGCGUUCGAAACAAGCUAUACCACGUUUUCUAGAUUCCCAUACAUGUGCUGAAUGUUCGUCCAGUAUAUUACUGGGACAGUCAUGCUUAUCAUAUUUUAAUCCAGCUGCUUGAAUUAAAUUCUCCUGCAAUACCUUCUGUUUUUUUUUAAAAAAAACAAUCCAUUCGACAUUGCUAUGUGAAAAGUGAGAUUAAGAAGCAUCAAAGCCUGCCCUAUCCCUCCAAACUAGGUACUCUCAGAAAGCUGCGGGGCCCCAGCACUUCUCCAACCACUUGCCCCCUCAGUGCUUCGAAAUGUAUGCAUCCCCUGGAUACCAUUGUUCCGCGUGCUUUGCACCAGUUUCUGAGACACUGGCAAGUAGGUCCUCCGCUACGUUCAUUUCCUCUACGUUUGUAAACCACUGUUCUUUAGUAGGAUAAUUGGAACAGUGCUGGAGGGCAGACACAAAAAACUUGGCUGCGUUAAGCAAAUGCCAUUGGAUAUGGGUAAAAGGGUAAUGUGCAACAGGACAUACUCAUACUUAAAUGGGGCAGGUUCUCAAGAGAUAUCUAUCAGGACCUUUCUGACAAUCUGCCAGUAUGAUUUUAUCCCCGGACAGUCCCACCAUACAUGUUUGGUUCCAACAACCCCCCCUUCCCCCACAUAUCCAAUAGCAGGAAGAUAUCGAGAGGAAGGUCCUGUGUGAUCUCUCCGGAGUGUGAUACCAGUGUGAAAGUAACUUGUAAUUAAUUUCCUGGUUUUGGGAAAUGAUGGAACUUAAAUGACCCGCUCAAGUCAGCCCCCCCCCACACACAGAUAUUUAAACCUCAUCUGGUCUUAGAUACUAUUUAGCAUAAACUAGGCCAAAGGUAUCAUUUUCGAGAACAGAAUGUGCCAGUUUUAUAACUUCAUGAGCAAUGAAACUGAAAUGCAAAUCUGCUUCAUAAAAGCACUUCGGCAAGAUAAAUUGUUUAGGGAAGUUAUGGAAGGCAUGUCAUUGGCCUAGAGGUCUCGACCAUUUCCUGGUGUGACUGAAGAUUAGGUGUGUUGCAAUAACUCCUAAGACAGGAAGGAGCAUUGUCUGAAAACUAUUUUAUAUUUUUAAAUACAUUAUUCAUAUAUUGUAUGAAGCAAAAAGGGCGGUAAAUCCGCCCACCUGAGGCUUCUAAAAGGUUUCUGGACUCACCAAACCCUAGAGGGAUCUCUGCAAUAAUUACUGCCUGCCGGUUGUAACCACCCUCUCACACCCAUUGUUUAAUUGUAAGAUAACAAACCCCCUUUGCAUUAAAUUGUUGGCAUAGUCAGCUGACUCCCAGGACCCUGCUAGCCGGUUUAUAAUGAGCACGUACCCGGGGCUGGUUUUAUCCUUUACCCCUCCUGUGUACGGACUGGUAACUCACAGCGUCCUGCAGUAUGUGUGUUUGCAUAUUCAGUUUAAGCUUUUUGUUUUUUGAUAUUAACGAAGUAAAAGCUUAUAUUGUGACUGACUUUCACUUAACCUUUUUUUUUCCUCAUUAAGGUGGUUGUAGCACCUGCUUAAUAUUCAAACUUUGUGGUCAAAGUAUUUAUAGCAAAUCGCUUUUUUAUUUAUUUUUUAUUUUUUUCUCUUUACAUUAGAUCUCUGUAUUUUUCUGGGUGGCGGGCCUACCACACGUUAUUGGAGUGUGAGUAAGUAGCAUGAUUUUAUUAUUACGAUUCAUUAAUAUGGUGGAAAUAAGUAUCUCAUUUUUUAUGAACAAGAAAAUAACCAGUGUUGGCUCAAAGGGACAUUAUGGUCAUCAAAUCAACUUUAAUGAAGCAGUGUUGGUGUAUAGAACAUGCCCCUGCAGCCUCACUGCUCAAUCCUCUGCCAUUUAGGAGGAAAAUCCCUUUGUUUAUAAUUCUUCCCGCAUGUGACUUACACACCUUUUCUGAACACACCCUGAAAAGAAAAGUUUAAACUUCCUUUGUACACUUGCACAUUCUGUUUAAUUUAGAAUUUCCUAUCUCCUGCACUGCUAAUGGCCUUCUAGACUCUGCAGGAGCCUACUGUGUGUAUUUAACGAUUUAAUUUCACGUUCAACAGAGCAAAUACAAAAAUACUAAAGUAAGUUUGCAUGUGUUUGAAAAUUAUAUAUAUAUAUAUAUAUAUAUAUUUUUUUUUUAAUGCAGCCUGUGUCAGUCAGAGAAAGGAACGCUGUGGCUAGGGCUGCAAAACCGAAACUAAAGUGAUUUAACUCCUGAAUGGCAGAUAAUUGAGCAGUGUGACUGCAAUGAUCUAUACUCCAAAACUGCUUCAUUAAGAUGACGUUUGUUGCCUAUAGUGUGCCUGUUGUGGAUUGAUGUUCCUAUGCUGUCCAGCCAGCAGAAAGACUUGACAUUGGCUCUGAAUGAUGGAACAGUUUGUUCACAAACAUAAAAGGCCCCUGGCUUACCCAUGACUGCAGUAGAGAAUUACCACAUAGCUCUGGUAUUUGAGUGCCAAAAGCUGGGGAUUUAGAUAAAUUCAUACUACACUUGUCAUCACGGGGGAAUUAAGUUAGUUUUUUUUUUCCGUAUCAUUUGUCUGUUGUGGUAAUGACUGACACAUGAUGCAUGAUGACUUGUCUGGGUAUCUAUAACUGAUAAAGCUUUCUAUAGUCAAGGCUAAUUUAAAGUCCCACAGAAAUAUCUGAUCACUCAUUCAUAAUAACUCUCCCGGUGUAGGAAAUUCUCAGUGUGCAAAUAUUUCGCAGUGCUACAGAUUGGGACAUGCUUGCAUAAAAAGGAAGGAAGGGCAGAUUUCUAACGUUACAUCCAUAUCCUGUAAUAUUUCAUCAUACACUGUGCUUUUAUGUUUCAUAGUUAACUCUACAGCAUCUUUGCCGCCUCUUGGUUUAAAGGGUUAGGACCUCCCAUGGCGAUAACUGACAUUCUAUACAAGGCAUUAAAAUGAUGUCAUUUCCCGUGUCCCUUUUAAUAGUCGCACAUUAAAUGCAGACUGGAUUUAUGCUCCAGUGGAAAAAACAAAAACGUUAUCCUUGUGUGUAGAAUACAUCUGUGAUGUUGAUAGUGUUCUCCGUUUCACAUUGAUUUUAGCAAUGCCUGGUGUGCCAUCUUUAGUUCACCGUCCUUAUUGGCUGUUGUGUGGGUGACAACAUGGACCUUCAGUGUCACGCUGUGUUAUGGCGUGGACUGAUCUUCUGUCUUGUGCCAGCGCAGACGUGGCCCCACUGCCACGAUUCUGCCCAAUAUGUUCACAUGAAACCUUCGCAUAUUGCAGGGUGUCAACACUAAAUGAAACCACAAUGUGGCUUGCUGCGCUGGCAUUGACGUUGUAUCCCAUAUCCACUGGCGUCCUCUUUGAUGGAAUUAGCGUGAACAUGUUAUUGAGGUUUUAUUUAGUUAUAUGAAGUUUCUACUGGUCUGAUUGAAUUAGAUAUCUGUAAAAGCUUUGCUGGCUAAUCUGUAGCGAUGGUUGCUGCCCCUUCCUGCCUCACUAAUGUAUAAUUUACUGAACGCUACUUAACUCCAUGCUAAUUAACUCGGAUCCUCUGAUUUUUGCCGAAGAUCCGCAUCAGAUGUCUGUUUGCAGUAAUUACAAGUGGAUCAUAGUGAUUAAAGUAAGACGAGAUUAAAUCACACAUGCUUUCUCUGCAAACAGAGGUUUAGGUUUGCGUAAAAGGGCUCCACAGGAUUAUUUUCUUCCGUCUAAUAAACUGUUUGCGUGAUUCGUUCAGGAGUGGGGGGUUACUUGGUGUUUUUGGAGUCUUAAUAAUGUUUUUAUCUCUAUGAAUUAUUCCUUUUGAGUUUAGAGGUUUGUACGGCUACUGCUAUACAUGUGUCCCUCUAAAAGCACUGAACUGGCUGUCUAAACGUAUUGAGAGUCAUAAUCCACAGCAGCUGGCAAUUCAGAGGGCGGCCAGGAGAGGAGUGUGCGUAAUUAGUCCCACAGUUUACUUCUUCGUUGUAUUCAUGAGCGAUGAUUAGUACCUGUUCAGGACAAGAGCAUUCUCAUUAGGCAAACAGAUUCCCUUUUUGUGUUUUUAUAUAAAAUGGUGCUUUCCUUUGACGACAGUUUUUCAUUCUGGUUUUUUUUUUUUUAUUCAUUUUUUUUUAAUCAACAGUGGUUUUAUCACAUGGCCACUGCCGCACCACCCAACAAUACACCGCCGGCAUCACUGGAUGUCAAUCAGCCAGGCUUCAAAAAGGAAAUCCUUGGAACCAAAUUAGAAGUUAAAUAUUUAUGCUCUGACUGCAAGAAUAUCCUGCGCAGACCUUUUCAGGCCCAGUGUGGCCAUCGCUACUGCUCCCAUUGUCUACGAAAAAUUCUUAGGUAAGGAACACUUAUCUUUAAACAACAUAUUAUUAGCAGAAUAAGAGUAUGUCAUCAUGAGAUACAUUUUGCUUGGUUUUGAAUGAGAAUAACUGCAUCUCUGUCUCUUGCGUCCUCAGCUCUGGCCCACAGAAGUGCGCGGCGUGUGUCCAGGAAGGAAUAUAUGAGGAAGGCGUGUCACUAAUAGAAAGCAGCUCAGUAAGUUCCCCUUUUAUGUAAAUUCCUCCUUGUGAUUCCUGCAAUUAUUGGAUUUAUUGGCAGAGUAGGGGUCAUUUGAGUCUUGUGAUCUGCUGGUGGGGCUAGUAAAGAGAUGUAUUGCUCCCACAAGGCACAGAUUGUUACCUUCCUUAGACUUUUGGUUUCAUAUAUUUGGAUGUAAGACCCUGGCUUACAUGAGAACCAUUCAGCUCCAAGUAUUUGCCCCGAGCCUCGGAGAGCCUUUCGAUUUGCCCCGAGCCUCGGAGAGCCUUUCGAUUUGCCCCGAGCCUCGGAGAGCCUUUCGAUUUGCCCCGAGCCUCGGAGAGCCUUUCGAUUUGCCCCGAGCCUCGGAGAGCCUUUCGAUUUGCCCCGAGUCUCGAAGAACCUGACGAUUUGCCCUGAGCCUCUGAGAGCCUUUCGAUUUGCCCCGAAUCUCGAAGAACCUGACGAUUUGCCCUGAGCCUCUGAGAGCCUUUCGAUUUGCCCCGAGUCUCGAAGAACCUGACGAUUUGCCCCGAGCCUCUGAGAGCCUUUCGAUUUGCCCGAGUCUCGAAGAACCUGACGAUUUGCCCUGAGCCUCUGAGAGCCUUUCGAUUUGCCCCGAGUCACAGGAGAGCCAUUCAACCCCAAGCAUCUGUCCAUUCAACCUGAGAAUCAGUCUAUUCACCUAGAGUCUGAGGGAAUCUGUCAAUAAGCCCCAGGGAAUUCUGUUGAUUUUUGCAUAGAGUCAAUGUGUCAAUUUUACACUUUGGCCCAGUGUAAUUAUCCUCUGUUUGAGGCCUUUGAUAGUAGAUUUGACUUUAAUCCCCUUAAUAUCCAUACUAAUAAUACCAAUAAUCUUACAGUACGGUGUAGCUGUUUCUGCCGCGGCGUGUUUUUCUAUACGCUUUUCAUUCCUUGUGAUCUGUUGUCAGAUUUGGGCAGAAUCCAUGCAGAGGAGGGCGAUUUACAGUUGAUGUUUUAGUUUUGGUGAACAUGUGAAAGAUUCUCUUAACACAGACCGCAUCAGACAUCAGUCGUGUGAUGUUUGUGAAGUUUAAUCAUUUUAAUAAGUAUAAAUACAUGUUAAUCAGAGGUCACUGUAUUAUGUGUGUUAGGGGUUUAUUCUCCAGGAAAUUAAUUCCAGAAACCUGAAAGCAGAAUUGGAUAAAUGAAGCUAAAUUACCUGCUCAGGUUUUGCAUUUUGAGUCUCAGUUCUACAGUUCUGUGUUUAAUGAAUAAGGCCCUCUGUGAUAACUAGCCGUGUAGAGGGGGUUAGGACUAGACUUUGACCCAAAUUAAUUUCAGCUGCUCCAAAUGAACCAAAUGCCUUUUAAUCUGAGCCCAAUCAAUCCUUAAGGGAUUUACCAAACGGAGUCUUAUUCGUUGAAUAAUGAAUUCCAAACGGAUCAGUUAGUUCGGGAACAGAUAACCGGCUUUUGAUUAGUUCUUAUCCGGUGAAAUUAGUUUGUGCACAAGUCUAGUUAGGACUAACUUUGUAGGAUUAAUGUGUUGGUUUCUUUUCUUCACAGCAUUUCAUUCUCCAUAGAAUCCCUUUAUUUACAAACUCCAAAAAUACCUCCUGUGUAUAUAACAUGACAUCGAGAAACUUUCCGUCGCAGACUGCCAAAAAACAUAAAUACGAUUGGUUAACUCACUCAACUGAAGCAUGUAAAAAUUCAGAGUAUCCGGGAGGGGAUUUAAUGGGUAUGGUUUCAUUUUCCAGCUAUGGGUAUUUCGCCACAUCCUUCGAUACCUCCUAUGCACAUAUUUAGUUUGUGUGUGAACAGGGUUUUUUUUUUUCUUCAGUCUUAGAAAAAGUGCAGAUUUUAAUCAAAUGUCAGCUUUAUAAAUUAACCUGGUUACACCCCACAGGCUGUCAGUCAGAUAAGCAGUUCUGUUACUUCCUGGUUUGUUUAGCUCAGUGGACAUAAAGUAAGGGGCAGCAAUUGCCCCGAGCACCUGCCUUGCAAAGCUGCAUUGGGCGUCUUGGGUUAGAAGGGGAGGGCUUGCAAAAGCUGCAGACACGAGAUCUGUAGCUUUUCCAAUCUGUAUUUAGAUAUACCCUCAGUGCCAAAAAAAGCCUUAUUAAAUGCAUUUGUUUUCAUUGGGAGUAUGUUUACUAAAUAGUGUUUUGUUUAGUUUUUUUAAUAUUUUUAUGUUGUUUUUUUUUUUAUUCAGGCAGUCAUUUGUCCCUUUUAAACCUAUAAUGUGAUUAAUUUGAGCCAAAACAUACAUAUAUAUAUAUAUAUAUAUAUAUAUAUAUAUAUAUAUAUAUAUAUAUAUAUAUAUAUAUAUAUAUAUAUAUAUAUAUAUAUAUAUAUAAAAUAUUUUUUUUUUUUUUUUUUUUUUUUUAAAUACGCUGUGUCUUCAUUUGUCCACAGGUGGUAUUUUAUUUAUUAUGCCUGAUAGAAUUAUGGGCUUUAUUUACUAAACUACAAAUGUGAUAAAUUUAAAUCCAAAUGUCAAAAUUUAGGCAAAAAUAUCUCAUUUGGAAAAAAUCUCCAUCUCUACUUAAGUCACAGCUUGCCUAUUUUUUUCCUGAAUCUUACCAUUCUUACCAUAAACUGGCUACAAUUUUGGAGUUUGUGGAACGAGCCUCUGAUGUUAUUGACACGAUACGUUUCAUUACUCUGCUAUGUGCUUCCUAGUCCCCGCUGUAUCUCAUGACAUGAGUAUCAGAGCUCCGUAUUUAACCAAGUUAUUCUGAGAUACCAUGAAUGCCAUACUGGCAGCUUGACCCUGGCGUUUUGUUUAAUGAAUUAUGUCAUUCAAAUCCUCUUCUAUUCUCUAUCACUUGGCAAACCAUUAAUUCUGUACUCUGUUCAUUCCUGCACUCUAGCUCAUUCCCUCUGUCUAUGUUGUUUGUUUACUUGUUCACUCACUGUAGCUUACAGACUCAUUCAAUCGCUCUCACUCAUAGACUUGUUUCAGCGUCAGACUGUCUGCUGUAAGUGUGCAAUGAUUGAGUUCCAUGUUAGCUCUGGUGUGCCCCUAAAAGAUUAUUCUGUGUACACAGAGCUUAUCAGGUGUGCCUUGUGAUGUUUGAAAUAUUUUGAUGUUUUUUUAGUACUUACUAAACAUUUUAUGUUUUUAUUUUAUAUUUUGCUUUGUUUAAUUAUUCUAAUAUAUUCGCUUUUGUACUCGUUUAUUAAUUCAUAACUCAUGUACUAACAUCUUAAUGCUAGAUUUCGAAAAAUUAUUUUAUAUUAUGUAGACAAUUCCCUCUGUAUUUUUGUUUGAUAGUUAACCAACUUCUAUUCAGAAUCAAACGGAGCCUGUCUAUCUCUUUUACAGGCAUUUCCCGAUAACGCAGCCCGUCGAGAGGUAGAGAGUCUUCCUGCAGUGUGUAAAAAUAAUGGCUGCUCAUGGACCGGCACUAUUAAGGAAUAUGAGGUGAGAACAGUAUCCUGUAGUUACCACAGUGCUGUAACUUUUUUGUUUAGUUUGUUUUGCUUUCGUUUUUAUUUCACGGAAACGAUUACAUGUAUUCUAGCCUUUGUGUUUAGUAUUGUGAGAGAUAGAUAGAUAUAAUAUAAAAUCAACACAAAGGCUAUAAUACAUGUAAUCGUAAAUACCCCCUUUUUCAUUUUUGCAUGUUUAGAAAUCCUUAUAUCCUGGUCAAGCACAAUGCAUCACAAAAACUUUUUCAAGGCCAACUUAAUCCAUUGAAAUUUCACAUGCUCACUCUCACCCAUUAAUGGUAAGCCACACAAAGAGGAAUUUACUCGUAUUGAUGCGUUACAAAACCCUACACUGGAUAACUGGACAGAACACCCUACACUGGAUAACUAGCCUUCAACAUAGAUUUUUAUGCUGUAGAAUAAAAAAAAGGCAAGCAACCCAAUUUGAAUAGUUUUUUUUUUUUUUUUUAUUGUACCACAAGCAGGCAAAAAUGUACGGGCAAUUGGAUAUCUCAACAUCCAUAUUAACUAUUAAAUCCUUUAAUGUUAUGCUUUUCUGAAGAAAAAAACUUUAAAAAAGAAAACUCCACAGAAUACAAUAAAAGAGCCUCUUUAGAUAGUGAGUUCCACAUUUGUAUUAUUCUUACUGUAAAUAAUCAUUUUGUCUGCUGUAGAUGAAAUCUCCUUUCUUCAAGUCUCAAAGGAUGAUCUUUUUUUUUUUUUUUUGUUCAGUCCUAUUAAUGAACAGGCUACCAGAGAGCAGUUUAUACCAACACUUUAUUUGUAUAAGGUUACUAAGAGUAAACAAAUCUCAUUUAUCCAGUCUUUCUUCAUAACUAAAUUUUUCCAUUCUAUUUAUUAAUUCCAUGGCCUGCUUCUGCACUUUUUUUGAAUUCAAUAAAAUCCUUUAUUUAUUUUUAAACUGGUGCCCACAGUUGUACCGCAUAUUAAGUCUGAGUUACAACCAAGAUUUUAUAGACAAUAUUAGUGGAUCCGUCCUGUGAAGUUAUCCCUCUUUUUAUAUAGAACAAUACCUUACUGGCCUUUGCAACUGCUGACUGUCUAAUUAUUCCCAUAUCCUUCUCCUUUACAGUUAACACCAAGUCAGCCUCAUUAAGGGUAUAAGUUGCUUGUUGGUUCCUCAUCCCAAAAUAUUUCAUGCACCCGUUUUACCCAAUGUCAUAUGUUAGAAACUCGGGGAAGGGCGAGUCAUUGUGCAUAACUAGUUAAUGUUUAAUAAAAUCCAUCACAUUAACUGCCUACAUGCACUGCAAACACCAAUUAAUAAUGGUUAAGUUGGUAAACAAACACACCUGUGUUGUGUAACCCACGGAUGGGCACACCUUCUGUUCUCACUGUGGUGUAAUCAUUAACCUGGGAAUUGGGGGGGUUUGACAAUGGGAUCACAAAUGUAAGGGCAAAACUGGGAAAAAUUCUCCAAUUCGGCUCCUCUGGUUUAAACCUUUGUUUUGUCUUUAUCAUUCUCCACAGUUCCCUGUGGAAUAUAUAUAUAUUUGCAAGUUUACCUGUCGCUGACAUUACGGUGUGAGACUUCUCUCUCCAGACUAGCUGAGCAUUAUUGUAAAUGUAGUUAUUGCAUUGUGACAUCCCUUGAUCUCGAACAGUAAUGACUGGAGGCUUUGUGAAUUACAUUCCCUAUCAUCCUCAGCCAGCCUUGUGGGGUAAAGUUUUAGCAAUGUUUUGUGCCAUGUUAUUGUUCAUUGUGUGCCCAUGCUUCAUUUUGUUACAUUGACAGCUUUUCUUCACCAAUAACGGGAUGUGCAUUUAUUAGAGGAAUGGACCUUUAAUGUAGCUUCCAUGAAUAACCCAUUAAAUGAACUCCAGAAACUGCCUGUAUUUUCUUUUUAUUAAAUUUCUAACAUUAUGAUAAUUAGUUGGUCCUUAGUUAUUGGAGAUAGCUUUACGCUGUCACUCUGUACCUUGCUAGCCCAUGUUAUAGCCGGUGAGAUAGCUCAGUGGGCUAAAUGAGGUAAACUAGAAAAAUGGUAAGAUUCGUGGCAACUGACAUUUAAUGUGGAUAACUGCAAGAUAAUGCAUCUUGGACGUAAAAACCCAAGGGCAGAGUACAGAAUAUUUGAUAGAGUUCUAACCUCAACAAAUGAAGAAAGGGAUUUAGGGGUGAUUAUUUCUGAUGACUUAAAGGUAGGCAGACAAUGUAAUAGAGCAGCAGGAAAUGCUAGCGGAAUGCUUGGUUGUAUAGGGAGAGGUAUUAGCAGUAGAAAGAGGGAAGUGCUCAUGCCAUUGUACAGAACACUGGUGAGACCUCACUUGGGGUAUUGUACACAGUACUGGAGACCGUAUCUUCAGAAGGAUAUUGAUACCUUAGAGAGGGUUCAGAGAAGGGCUACUAAACUGGUUCAUGGAUUGCGGGAUAAAACUUACCAGGAAAGGUUAAAGGAUCUUAACAUGUAUAGCUUGGAGGAAAGACGAGACAGGGGGGAUAUGAUAAACAUUUAAAUAUAUAAAGGGAUUCAACACCGUAAAGGAGGAGACUAUAUUUAAAAGAAGAAAAACUACCACAACAAGAGGACAUAGUCUUAAAUUAGAGGGGAAGAGGUUUAAAAAUAUCGGGAACUAUUACUUAACUGAAAGGGUAGUGGAUGCAUGGAAUAGCCUUUCAGGUGAAGUGGUAGAGGUUAACACAGUGAAGGAGUUUAAGCAUGCGUGGGAUAGGCGUAAAGCUAUCCUAACUAUAAGAUAAGGCCAGGGACUAAUGAAAGUAUUUAGAAAACUGGGCAGACUAGAUGGGCCGAAUGGUUCUUAUCUCCCCUCACAUUCUAUGUUUCUAUGUAAUGCAUCUUCAGUAGAAUCUGUUCAACCCUUGGAGAGCUCAGGUUCAAAUCUCGGCAGGGUUGACUCUUCAUCCUUUCCGAGGUAGAUAAAAUGAGUACCAUUAAAUUGGGCAAAAGUAACAUCUACAGGAAGGACGUACUUGGAAACCAGAACAAUCUGAAUGUACCUUUCCUGGUUAAAUCCUUUGUUGUUAAUAUUAUUAUCAUUAUUAUUGGAGAUGGCUUUACGCUGUCUCCCUGUACGUUGGUAGCCCGUAUUAUUGGAGAUGGCUUUACGCUGUCUCUCUGUACGUUGGUAGCCCGUAUUAUUGGAGAUGGCUUUACGCUGUCUCCCUGUACGUUGGUAGCCCGUAUUAUUGGAGAUGGCUUUACGCUACCAUUGGGCAGGGAGAGUGGGAGUGUUUCAGUGUAGUCACUGCUGUUUAGCUGUGCGGUGUAAUGGCAUGUUCGGAAUGUUCGUCAUACGAUUUUAGACUCUGCUUAAUGUAUUGUAAAAAUCAUCAACAAUGCCACUAAAUGUUUUUAAUGUUUUAGUUGUGUAAUACAGCCCUGCUCGCCUGUUUCUGGGAGACUAAGCAUGGUUGACGAUAACAGGCUGUGUUUGCAUACUUACUGACUUAUUGUGUGUCCUCCUAGCUAUAGCAACGGUCCUUGACCUAGCUUGAAAAGAACCCAAACUGCAUACAAGCCGUUUCCUUGGUGGCCUAUCCAUCAUUAACUGUAAAAAUAGCUCAGAAGCCCAUCUUCUAAUUGUCCUAUAAUCUAUAACAAACACAAGUCUACAAAAUGUCAUUAGCUGCUUCCAGGUGUCUAACAGAGUGUCCACACACCUGAAAGUACAGCUGGGUAAAGAUCCGUGUGACAAGCUUGGUCCAAGCAAUGGGGGCACCGUUUUGGGAUUAAUAAUUACGAAGAGUCUGCUUUGCUAGGGUUUGGGUUAUAAAUAUAUGCUCCUCCAUAGCAAUUAACAGAAUAUAGCUUAUAGUUUACUGCUGGCUGGAUUUGUUGUGAAAGUGGUUUCCUGGCAAUUAAAAAAAAAAAAAAAAAAAAAAACUUGUUUAAAUUCCAGUGAAUGGAAAUGAUCAGGUAAGCGUGAAACAGCUCUGUGAGAGAGGCUACGUUAUUAAUGUAAAUAAAUGAGACCUUGUGGCCAUCCCUGCAUUAGACGUACGCCUUGCCAAUAGGUCCGAUCGGAUUAUUAUUAUGUAGACAUCUUCGACACAGCUUUUGGAUCCAUUAUAUCAUUCAACCAUCACCAUCACUUAACAUAGUUGCACUUUCAAAAGGCAGGUAUGUCAACCUGUCGUACACUUACAGCACCCCAUAAUUCUUUGCUAGCCAAUAUCUGUGUAGCCCUCUGGCUGGGGGCUAUUAUUUUCAUGGUGGACAAGUUGUUAGAAAAUGUAUCUUUAAAUGAUAUUUUUCAUACAUGAUAUAUAACCUGACCGGCAAUUCCACUGGGUAUUCAUGCAAAGAUCCCCCCUCCACACGUCCGGUAAGUCCACAGCCUGAGGGAGAGAAAGACUGAAGAUUUUUAUUAAAUCAUUCUUAAAAGUUGCGGAUAAAUUCUGUCAUUAUUUUGAUUGCAUUUAUUAAAAAGUGACGGCUCUUUUCAUACUAAGUGCCACCAGUUUUCACAGAAAAUCUUUUUUCAGAAUAUCACCAAACGUAUACUGGAUGAAAAAUUCUGACCCUUUUCUGUCAGAAAAGGUAGAGGAAAUAUUCAUAAAUCCGUUGCGUCGGCAAAAGAAUGUUGCAAAUAAAAAAAUGACAGUUAUGGCUUGGAAAAUAAAAGCAACACGUGAAAAAAAAAAAAAAGUUAACAAGAGGAGAGAAAACUCAAAUAACAAUUCAGAAUUUUCUUUUUGUCAGACAUGCAGGGGUUGGGAUUACACAAGGUACGAAUUUAGCAAACCCCAUCCCCAUCCCCAUCCCCACCCGCCACAUUCCCCCCCUGGUUUCUGUGAUUAUAUAUAUAUACACACACACACACACACACAGUCAUGGUAAAAAAAGAAAGUACAACCUCUUCGAAUUCUAUGGUUUUACAUAUCCGGACAUAACAAUCAUCUGUUCCUUAGCUGGUCUUAAAAUUAGGUCACUACAACUUCAGAUGAAGAACACAUGACAUAUUACACCGUGUCAUUAUUUAUUGAACAAAAAUAAAGGCAGAAUGCAGAAUCCGUGUGUGAAAAACGAAGUACACCUGAUGAUUCAAUAGCUUGCAUAGCCACUGUUCGCACUAAUAACUGAAGGAAUCGUUUUCUGUAUUCCUUUAUCAGUCUCUCACAGCGCUGGGUAGGAAUUGUGGCUCGCUGUUCUUUACAACGUUGCUUCAUUGAGGUUUGUUGGCAUUCGUUUAUGCACAGCUCUCCUAAGGUCCUGCAACAGCAUUUCAAUCUGGUUGAGUUCUGGACUUUGACUGGGCCAAUGCAACACCUUCAAUCAAUGAUUAGCAGAACAUCUAAUGUGCACGUGCUGCUCUAAAUUAUAAGUGUCUCAUAUACUUAAUAAAUACAAAUAACCCAACAUCCAGAGUGCACACUGUGCUAUGAACACCCACUAAAGAUACUGGUAUACAGUGUAAUGUAAAAAUAUAAAGAUUCCACAAUCUUCUCCUACACAGGAUAAGGAGAAUAUAAAAGUCUAUAUAAAUAACAGAGCAAAGACAAACAUAAAAAUACAUUGAUAAUACUGUAAUGUAGGUGAAUGCAUUUAGUAGAUAGAGCCACUCACAUGUACUAGAGCCGUGAUCAGGCUCUAUAUAAUAGGGUCCUGGGUGCCCUCUUUAUGCCCACUGCAGGCGAAUUUUUUUUUUUUUUUUUACUGUUUAAAACAAUUAUUUAAAAACAGCAAGGAAAGACAAAAAUUAAAAAGAAAUGGUGAAAUAAAGAUAUAACGUUUUUCAACAAUAAUAAGCUUUCCAAAAGCACAACCCGUUUUCAAACAGUUUGAACUGCACCUGAUGAAAACCUUUUGGCUAAAAUGUGUUGUAAUUAUUGAAAGCUUAUUAUUGUUGAUAAAUAGUGAUGUCCCGAACUGUUCGCCGCGGACGGUUCGCUGCGGACUCAUCAUUGAGUAAACUUUGACCCUGUACCUCACAGUCAGCAGACACAUUCCAGCCAAUCAGCAGCAGACCCUCCAUCCCAGACCCUCCCACCUCCUGGACAGCUCACUAAGAAUGCAGCUUCACAAUGGAUGCUGUCCAGGAGGUGGGAGGGUCUGGGAGGGAGGGUCUGCUGCUGAUUGGCUGGAAUGUGUCUGCUGACUGUGAGGUACAGGGUCAAAGUUUACUCAAUGAUGAGUCCGCGGCGUUCGGGACAUCACUAUUGAUAAAUAUUCACCAUGUAUUUGUUUUUACACUGGUCCAUUGGCUGGUGUGUUGGAGACUCCUCUUUUAACCAAUGCCCAUGAAGGGGCUCUCUAGAGCAUAUAAUAUAGAGCCUGAUCACGGCUCUGGUACAUGUGAGUGCUUCUAUCUACUAAUUUGUUCAUUCACCUACAUUAAAGUAUUACACUAUGUAUUUUUAUUUUUGCUCUGUAUUUUUAUGUGGCCUUAUAAAUACUUCUUAUCCUGUGUAUGAGAAGAUUGUGGAAUCUUUGUAUUUAAAGGGGAAGUAUUUGACUUUUUAAGAUUAUACUAUAUACCACUAUAUUUGCUGGGUGUUUAUAGCACAGAGUGCACUUUACACGUUGUUUUAUUUACUGCCUUAAUGUUCUGCGUAAUGUAAAUUGCGUGUGAAGUUUAGUCCAGUUAAUUUGGUACGGAACAUACGGCAACUGAGAAAUCUGGUCAAACUUACCCGGCAGCCUUUACUGGGAUUCCUGCCAGCUGUGUAAGAAUGACUCUCCAGUGCUUUAUGGGGUGUAUUGCGGUGUACGCACGGAUUGUGUUUAAAACGCGAAAUACUGAAUAUUGACAUGCCAUAUCUUGUAAUGUCCGAUCCUGAAUAUGUAACCGGAAAUAUUCCCAAAUCUUGGCCGUUCUAGACAUUCUGUGAGGAUAAAACUAUUUUGUGUUGUGCCACAUUUGGUAAACAAACCUGUGUAAAGAAAUUGAGAAGAUCAAAGGAGAAAGGUCAACGCUGCGUAUCGUCCUGACUGACAUUUUUUCUGUAAGUCGGUGCUUAUAAAUGUUUGAAUAUAUAACUUACAUGUUGGGUGAUCAUUUAUGGCCUCAUCCAAGAUAGGCUGAAAUGUCAGUCAAGGAGCCCUGGUUUAUAUUUUUGUGAUUAGUGCUUGGCCUUUACUGGUAUGAACAGCAGAACACUGGCUCUCUGGAGCCCUGGUCUGCUUCCUUCUAAACCUUUCCCCAUCUCAUUUUCUUACCUCAAGUCAUACCCACUGCUAGAAGUCUCACUUUUACCUUCUUUUACUCAUACUCCUGCUGCUGGUGACAUCUCUCCUAAACCUGGUCCGGUAACACCUACUGUCACACUCCUGUUUCAUCUUCCAUAGUAAAAUCCCUAGGCCACCCAACCCUAACAAUCUAAUUUCCAUUAACCCAUUGCGUUUAUCACCUGUCUUUUCUUGUGCUCUCUGCAAUGUGUGCUUGAUCCGUGUGUAACAUACUUGCAGCCGUCCACAAUCUAUUUGUUUCCAACUCUUUUAGCCUUCAGCAAUUACUGAAACAUGGCUGUCUUCUUCCGACACUGCUUCCUUUGCUGCUUUCACACUUGGUGGCUUCUAUUUUAGUCAUACCGUGAGGUGAGAAACAUGGUGGCAGUGCUGGGAUCCAACUCUCUCAGUCCUUCACAUAUCAGUACCUGCCUCCUCUCCCAUCUUUCUCCUCCUCCUUUUAAAGUCCACUGCAUUCACCUCUUCUCUCCUCUCUUGCGGCAUGGUAAUUAUCUAUCACCCUCUGGGACCAACCUUCCAGUUCCUUGACAACUUUGCUGCCUGUCUACCUCAGUUUCUCUCUCAAAAUAUGCCAUCACUAAUACUUGGGGACUUAAACACCACCGACAAACCUUUAGUUUCUCUCAACCUCCUACUCUCCAUGUUGCACACUCUAUUGACCUACUAUUUUCCUAUGUCUGCUCUCUGACUUCAGCUGUCUCCUUUUUCCCACUUCAGACCAUCACCUUUUCUAUAUACUCUCAGUAUCUCGGCUAAACCUACUUCUCGUCCAUCUUGCCUGCGCACCUGUAGAAAUGGCACACUGUGGAUCUCUAAUCUUCCAUACUUACUCUCUUACUACCUUCAGCUCUCUUCCACCUGCACUACCCCCGUUGUCUGCCCAAAAACCAAAACUAUUACUACCCAAACACAAACUUACAAAACAUUCCGCCUCCAACGAAGGUCACCCCCACUGCGAUUCUCUGCUUCUUUCCCCCAGCCACCGAGGAUGAAGUUUCUACUCUCUUCUUUACGCCUCACUGCCUGCCAUCUCAAUCCUAUCCCUUUUAUAUUUAAUAUCUUCUCUUCCUUCCACCCUCACUUUUGCUUUCAUUUACAUCUUCAACCUAUCCUUUUCUAUCAGUUAGUUCAUAUCUCCUUUAAACCACACAAAGGUCACUUGCAUACUCUAGAAACCCUCCCUUGACCCCAAUUCUUCUGCAAACUUCCAACCAAUUUCACUGCUUUCCUUAGCAUCAAAACUACUGGAAAAACUAGUUUACAACAGACAUUAUUGAUCAGGGAAGCCUACCGCUCAAUUCUGUAAUCAAUGCCUUUAACAUAAUAAAUGCCGUCAUCUCACUUGGUGUUAACAUCAUUCUUACCCCCUCAUCCAUGUAAAUCAGCCAUGUCAAACUGGCGGCCAACAACUAAUAUUUAUGUGGGUCGUGGCGAGGGAGCACUGAGUGUAAGCUCUCCUUCUCAGCUCCCCGCAGUGAUGCUGGUAGCCGGAAUAUGACAUCACUGCGGUGCGCCCCCUGCCCAGCAGCCCCCCUAGACCCCAGGUAAGAGACCAACUCAGUCUCUGUGUGUCUGUCUGUGUGUAUAGGUAUAUGGCUGUGUAUAGGUGUAUGGCUGUGUGUGUCUGUCUGUGUGUAUAGAUGUCUGGCUGUCUGCGUGCAUGGCUGUGUGUGUGUCUGUCGUAGUGAUUCUGUGUGUGUGAGGGUUUCAAGGAGCAACGGGAGGAUCCGCUUUUCUAAGGUGCAGAUGGGGCUAUUAGGGGUAUGCCAGAGGCCGGACUCUGGACCAUGCUUGUUGGCUGUUUUUUUAAAUGUAUUUAUUUUUAAACAGGGGCAGUGGUUUAGUAGACGGGGGGGGACUGGGAAUUAGUAGAUGGGGGGAGGAGGGCUGGAGUUUAGUAGAGGGGGUGAAAAUUUAACCCCUUAAGGACCAAACUUCUGGAAUAAAAGGGAAUCAUGACAUGCCACACAUGUCAUGUGUCCUUAAGGGGUUAAACUUGGUUUAUUUGGCCCUUGCUAGGCUUUGAGUUUGACAUGCUUGAUGUAGAUUGUAAGUUCCCACGACAAUAGGACCACCAUCUCCUUCUGUAUUCCUUUGUCAAAUUUUGUAUUGUCUCUUUGUUAUAUUGUAAUGUGUUUUCACUUGCAACAAUAUAGUAUAGACAUGGACAGUGCUGUGGAAUGUGAUGGCGCUUUAUAAAAUAAUAAAAAUAAUUAUUGGCCAUCUUUGCUCAGAGCAGAUAUAAGCAAACCUUGUAUUUAGCAAUCCUUAAUAAGGGCAAAUUAAACCCAUUCUGUUAGGGGCACAGAAAGCCACUUCCUGUUUUCAGCCAUCUUUGUUAGGGGCACAGGAAGCCACAUCCUGUUUUCAGCCAUCUUUGUUAGGGGGCACAGAAAGCCACUUCCUGUUUUCAGCCAUCUUUGUUAGGGGCACAGGAAGCCACAUCCUGUUUUCAGCCAUCUUUGUUAGGGGCACAGAAAGCCACUUCCUGUUUUCAGCCAUCUUAUUUAGGGGCACAGGAAGUCACAUCUUGUUUUCAGCCAUCUUUGUUAGGGGCACAGAUGGCCACUUCCUUUUCUUCAGCCAUCUUUCUUAGGGGCACAAGAGGAGACUUCCUGUCUUCAGCCAUAUUUGUUAGGGGCACAUAAAGCCACUUCCUGUCUUCAGCCAUAUUUGUUAGGGGCACAUGAAGCUUCUUCCUGUCUUCAGCCAUCUUUAUUAGGGGCACAUGAAGCUACUUACUGUUUUCAGCCAUUUUUGUUAGGGGCACAGAAAGUCACUUCUUAUGCUUUUCCAUCUAGAGCAGGCUUCCCCAAACUCCGGCCCUCUAGAUGUUGCUGAACUACAGCUCCCAUGAUUCACAGCCCAUCUAUUUCAUUCAUAGAAUCUUGGAAAUUGUAGUUCAGCAACAUCUGGAGGGCCGGAGUUUGGGGAUGCCUGAUCUUGAGGCACGGAAAGCCACUUCCUGUUUUCACCUAUUGUUAUGUGGGUAACAUCCUGUUAGGGGGGUUCGGUAAGGAAAUUCCAAGUAGUUUACUGUAAGUGAGACUGGUUUCCGACUUUUAAUGCUGUUCUCUUUAACAUGGCUUGUUUUAGCCGAGGCCAUGCUGUAGCUAUGAGCCGCUGGCAGCUUGGCGGACGAUGUAUGUUGAUUAUAGAUCCAGUCGUGACAUUUCAGAAGGUGUAAUAUACACACGAGCCGGAGGUAUCAUCAGAAUAAAAUUCCAGGAUCUCAAUUAUCCCUCUGUGUGUUUUAAUAUCUUUCUUAGGCAUGACUGAAAACUGAGCUGUACAAAUUGGGUUUUAUUUUGUUUGUUACUGGAGUGGUGGAAAGUACCUGGAAUCCAGUCUGUUUAAAUAAAGCAGAGAUAUAAAUCAUUCUAAACCUGCAACUGAAACCUUCCAUUGGCUCUGACGCCCACGCUAAUUCUAUGCUCUGUCUGUUUUCCCAGAGAGAUUGAAGCUGAAUUAAGUUUGUUAAGGUUCAGAUAUUGGUCACUGACUUUUUAACGUAGAGUCAUUCUCUCAAGCCAAAUUCCCGUGCAGGACGAAAGCAGGAGGAGAGAUUAGUCCCCUCCCCAAAGUGGAAAAGGGGGGGGGGGAAAUGAAAGGGAGGAAAACAAGAGGAAUACUCGAUUUCCUUACCCUCUCUUCCCCCGUAGAGAUACAGGGAACAUGUUCUAAAGUUCAGUUCGCGCAGUUGCGCUCGGUUGUUCAGUUACUCACAGAGACUGGGUAGGGACACACAGGCGGAAAAUAGGGAGGGAGCAUUGCCGUAUGUGCGACAAUAUGCUUGAUGUCUGUAAGCUUUACAAUUCUUUAUUAUCUGUUUGUAUACAUACUGUGCUUCAAUAAAAACGAAGAUUGACAAAAAAAAAAAAGUUUGUUAAGGUCAGGGGAGAUGUAGUUUGUAACGUCUGUGUUGCCGAAGGUUCUCUAGCCCCCCCCCCCCCUUCUCUAGUGUAUUUUCUUUCUUUACCAAGAAUAUAUACCGGUAAAUCUGAUUGCUAUUAUGGAGUCAGCGAGGAUUUAUUUCCCCUCUUUGUGACAUAUUUGGAAAUGGAUACAAUUGUGUUUUUUUGCCUUCUUUUGGAUCCGCUGCAUAAAAUCAUGGGUUUCAGGGUUGAACAAUAUAUUUUUUAUUUUUGGGGGGGGAUGAAAGGGGGGCGUCAGCUGCUUGAAAUGAAACGUGGCAUUUCCUGUUUUGUAACUGCCAGCCAUCUGUGUCUAAGCCUGUAUUGAUAACGUCCAUCUGUUGCAAUUAGUCAGAAAUCUAUACCGACAGGCUUCAGUCAUUCUUGGCUGUGUAACGAACAUACUCAACUAUUCUCCAAAAACGUGCCUCUUGGCUGACAUUUCUCCUCAGAUUCCAGUUUGAGGGUCACGCUCCAUCUUUAAGAUGUUGGUCGAAAUUUUUGUAAUAUUUUAAGCUUAGAAUUUAGAAGUGGUAGAAGUUCGACAAAAAACGUGAAUCUCUCCAGACGACUUGAUAACGCAGAUUCAUGAAUGUUUCAUUUAUGGCACAACUUGGCCUGUCGCGGAUAUUUCCUGUUUGCAUUGGUCUUGCCUCAUUUUGUCUAGUAAUUUCAAGUAUGAGUGUCUACAUACAAGGUUUCUGUAAACUGUUUCCCUGCAGCAUUCUCUGCCGGGAGACAUGGGACCUCCUUACACCAUAACCUUAUAGCUGCCGUUAUAAUACACUGUGUGCGGGGAGAUAGGGGAAACUCCUUACACCAUAACCUUAUAGCUGCAGUUAUAAUACACUGUGUGCGGGGAGACAGGGGACCUCCUUACACCAUAACCUUAUAGCUGCAGUUAUAAUACACUGUGUGCGGGGAGACAGGGGACCUCCUUACACCAUAAUCUUAUAGCUGCAGUUAUAAUACACUGUGUGCGGGGAGACAGGGGACCUCCUUACACCAUAACCUUAUAGCUGCAGUUAUAAUACGCUGUGUGCAGGGAGACAAGGGACCUCCUUACACCAUAACCUUACAGCUGCAGUUAUAAUACACUGUGUGCAGGGGGACAGGGGGCAUCCUUACACCAUAACCUUAUAGCUGCAGUUAUAAUACACUGUGUGCGGGGAGACAGGGGACCUCCUUACACCAUAACUUUAUAGCUGCAGUUAUAAUACACUGUGUGCGGGGAGACAGGGGACCUCAUUACACCAUAACCUUAUAGCUGCAGUUAUAAUACACUGUGUGUGGGGGAGACAGGGGACCUCCUUACACCAUAACCUUAUAGCUGCAGUUAUAAUACACUGUGUGGGGAGACAGGGGACCUCCUUACACCAUAACCUUAUCGCUGCAGUUAUAAUACACUGUGUGCGGGGAGACAGGGGACCUCCUUACACCAUAACCUUAUAGCUGUAGUUAUAAUACACUGUGUGCGGGGAGACAGGGGACCUCCUUACACCAUAACCUUAUAGCUGCAGUUAUAAUACACUGUGUGCGGGGAGACAGGGGACCUCCUUACACCAUAACCUUAUAGCUGCAGUUAUAAUACACUGUGUGCUGGGAGACAGGGGACCUCCUUACACCAUAACCUUAUAGCUGCAGUUAUAAUACACUGUGUGUGGGGAGAUAGGGGACCUCCUUACACCAUAACCUUAUAGGUGCAAGUUUAAAUACACUGUGUGCAGGGAGACAGGGGACCUCCUUACACCAUAACCUUAUAGCUGCAGUUAUAAUACACUGUGUGCAGGGAGACAGGGGACCUCCUUACACCAUAACCCUUAUAGCUGCAGUUAUAAUACACUGUGUGCGGGGAGACAGGGGACCUCCUUACACCAUAACCUUAUAGCUGCAGCUAUAAUACACUGUGUGCGGGGAGACAGGGGACCUCCUUACACCAUAACCUUAUAGCUGCAGUUAUAAUACACUGUGUGCGGGGAGACAGGGGACCUCCUUACACCAUAACCUUAUAGCUGCAGUUAUAAUACACUGUGUGCGGGGAGACAGGGGACCUCCUUACACCAUAAUCUUAUAGCUGCAAUUAUAAUACACUGUGUGCGGGGAGACAGGGGAUCUCCUUACACCAUAACCUUAUAGCUGCAGUUAUAAUACACUGUGUGCGGGGAGACAGGGGACCUCCUUACACCAUAACCUUAUAGCUGCAGUUAUAAUACACUGUGUGCGGGGAGACAGGGGAUCUCUUUACACCAUAACCUUACAGCUGCAGUUAUAAUACACUGUGUGCGGGGGGGCAAGGGACCUCCUUACUCCAUAACGUUAUAGCUGCAGUUAUAAUACACUGUGUGCUGGGAGACAUGGGACCUCCUUACACCAUAACCUUAUAUCUGCAGUUAUAAUACACUGUGUGCGGGGAGACAGGGGACCUCCUUACACCAUAACCUUAUAGGUGCAGUUAUAAUACACUGUGUGCUGGGAGACAGGGGACCUCCUUACACCAUAACCUUAUAUCUGCAGUUAUAAUACACUGUGUGCUCCCGCAGGGGACCUCCUUACACCAUAACCUUAUAGCUGCAGUUAUAAUACACUGUGUGCGGGGAGACAGGGGACCUCCUUACACCAUAACCUUAUAGCUGCAGUUAUAAUACACUGUGUGCUGGGAGACAGGGGGCCUCCUUACACCAUAACCUUAUAGCUGCAGUUAUAAUACACUGUGUGCUGGGAGACAGGGGACCUCCUUACACCAUAACCUUAUAGCUGCAGUUGUAAUACACUGUGUGCUGGACAACAGGGGACCUCCUUACACCAUAACCUUAUAGCUGCAGUUAUAAUACACUGUGUGCUGGGAGACAGGGGACCUCCUUACACCAUAACCUUAUAGCUGCAGUUAUAAUACACUGUGUGCAGGGAGACAGGGGACCUCCUUACACCAUAACCUUAUAGCUGCAGUUAUAAUACACUGUGUGCAGGGAGACAGGGGACCUCCUUACACCAUAACCUUAUAGCUGCAGUUACAAUACACUGUGUGCGGGGAGACAGGGGAUUUCCUUACACCAUAACCUUAUAGCUGCAGUUAUAAUACACUGUGUGCGGGGAGACAGGGGACCUCCUUACACCAUAACCUUAUAGCUGCAGUUAUAAUACACCCUCCUUACACCAUAACCUUAUAGCUGCAGUUAUAAUACACUGUGUGCGGGGAGACAGGGGACCUCCUUACACCAUAACCUUAUAGCUGCAGUUAUAAUACACUGUGUGCGGGGAGACAGGGGACCUCCUUACACCAUAACCUUAUAGCUGCAGUUAUAAUACACUGUGUGCGGGGAGACAGGGGACCUCCUUACACCAUAACCUUAUAGCUGCAGUUAUAAUACACUGUGUGCGGGGAGACAGGGGACCUCCUUACACCAUAACCUUAUAGCUGCAGUUAUAAUACACUGUGUGCGGGGAGACAGGGGACCUCCUUACACCAUAACCUUAUAGCUGCAGUUAUAAUACACUGUGUGCGGGGAGACAGGGGACCUCCUUACACCAUAACCUUAUAGCUGCAGUUAUAAUACACUGUGUGCGGGGAGACAGGGGACCUCCUUACACCAUAACCUUAUAGCUGCAGUUACAAUACACUGUGUGCGGGGAGACAGGGGACCUCCUUACACCAUAACCUUAUAGCUGCAGUUAUAAUACACUGUGUGCGGGGAGACAGGGGACCUCCUUACACCAUAACCUUAUAGCUGCAGUUAUAAUACACUGUGUGCGGGAGACAGGGGACCUCCUUACACCAUAACCUUAUAGCUGCAGUUAUAAUACACUGUGUGCGGGGAGACAGGGGACCUCCUUACACCAUAACCUUACAGCUGCAGUUAUAAUACACUGGGUGUGGGGAGACAGGGGACCUCCUUACACCAUAACCUUACAGCUGCAGUUAUAAUACACUGUGUGCUGGGAGACAGGGGACCUCCUUACACCAUAACCUUAUAGCUGCAGUUAUAAUACACUGUGUGCGGGGAGACAGGGGACCUCCUCACACCAUAACCUUAUAGCUGCAGUUAUAAUACACUGUGUGCUGGGAGACAGGGGACCUCCUUACACCAUAACCUUAUAGCUGAAGUUAUAAUACACUGUGUGCGGGGAGACAGGGGACCUCCUCACACCAUAACCUUAUAGCUGCAGUUACAAUACACUGUGUGCAGGGAGACAGGGAACCUCCUUACACCAUAACCUUAUAGCUGCAGUUAUAAUACACUGUGUGCGGGGAGACAGGGGACCUCCUUACACCAUAACCUUAUAGCUGCAGUUAUAAUACACUGUGUGCGGGGAGACAGGGGACCUCCUUACACCAUAACCUUAUAGCUGCAGUUACAAUACACUGUGUGCAGGGAGACAGGGGACCUCCUUACACCAUAACCUUAUAGCUGCAGUUAUAAUACACUGUGUGCGGGGAGACAGGGGACCUCCUUACACCAUAACCUUAUAGCUGCAGUUAUAAUACACUGUGUGCAGGGAGACAGGGGAUCUCCUUACACCAUAACCUUAUAGCUGCAGUUAUAAUACACUGUGUGCGGGGACACAGGGGACCCCCUUACAUCAUAACCUUAUAGCUGCAGUUAUAAUACACUGUGUGCGGGGACACAGGGGACCUCCUUAUACCAUAACCUUAUAGCUCCAGUUAUAAUACACUGUUUGUGGUUAGACAGGGGACCUCCUUACACCAUAACCUACACAAUGUAUGUAUGCUGCAAGUUUAAAAUCCCUAAAAUAAUAUCCAAAAAUAGUCUUUCUAUGCAGCGCUCUAGAACAUUUGGUAUUAUACUGACUUUUGCAGCAUCGCUAAAUGCCAUUACCCACAUUAUAAACGUUAUACUGGCAGUCUGAUCACUCCUUAUCAUGUGAAUUGUUUCCACAUGAAGUAACGCAGGCAUUUAAAGACAUACUAAUCCUGAAGAUACACUACGCCAAAAGUAUAAAGGUGCAAGCUAGAAUCUUAUCUAAAGUCAGAAUUUUGGGGGAAUUCAAAUUGAAUUUCAAAUUUAAAGUCAAAGUAGUCAAACUAGAAAAAUUCUCCAAACCAUCUAUCUUUCCAGCUUGGCUACUUUGUCCUUAAGUUUGAAACUCGCUUUGAAUUCCUGACAAUUCUCCCUUUAUGUUAAUAAUUGUAUAUACACAUUUAGUAACAAUAUGUCUAACUCAAUGUCAGCCUUGAAUGCAGCGUAAAUAAUGCAAUAAAUACAUAAACAGUUUUGUGUUUUGUGUCCCAUCGUCAUGUGAAGAUACGCGGUAUGUGUUUGACCUUGUAUUGUUGUUUAUGGUUUGUUUGUUGGUUUUGUUACACGAAGGAUAGCGUGAUGAUAAUAUAGAGCGGAAUUAAAGGGAGAUUCCGUUGGCAUUGUGGAUAUUACGGAAGGACAGUCUGUAGUUUGUUGUUACUGGGUGGAACUGCCUGAUCAGUGGGGAAACAGUUCCAGUCCUAGGCGGCGGGUAACCUUGUAUAGUGUAUUUUUAUCUCUUGUUUUCCUGUUUAUUUAUUGUUCUCCCUUUGUGAAAAUUAGUUCCUCAAUCGCCCGUCACUUCUGCGCAAAUCAAAUCCGCCAUGUUACAACCUUUAUCUAAAUAUCAGCAAAGAGCUGACACUCUUACAGGGAUAUCAGAGGGGCACAGCGACCCCAUAGCCAUACACAGCAAGAAGAUCUGACCCAGAUUGUUUAUACAUAAGAUCUCAUAUAGACUAGUAAUUCACGAUUGCUAAAUAACUCAUGAUACCUUAGGCUGUAUCCGAUAUGGGUUUCCAAGUAACCACUUAAAGGGACACUCUGGUCACCAUAGCAACUUCACCUAAAUGGAGUUGUUAUAGAGCCAGGAAAACCUCAGGCACACUCUCUUACCUUAAAGGGUUAAGCCAUUCUCGAUUCUCGGUCCCCCAGGUGGCAUAUGGCUUCUGAAUCUGUUUCAGGACGAGUUGAGUGCCGCUGGGCAUAGGUGCCGCCAAUCCGUAGCUCCCCAAUGAUAAAAUAAGUGCUUUUCUUUUUUUCUUUUUUUUUUUUUUUUAAUGGAUAGCUACUGAUUGGCUUAGAGUGCUCAUGGUGACCUCCAGGCACCAUAACAACUUAAUUUACAUGGGGCCAGAGUGUCCCUUUAAUGAUGUAGUCCUCGUACUAACUUUAACAAUUAAAGUUACCCUGCAUAUGUCAGUAUGAGUUCAAGAUCCUAAGCUAUUAAGAAAAUAAAACCUGCUUCAUCAGAUAAGAAAAUAUUUCAGCUUUUUACGAGGAAUUCUGAUUCUCAGGCGCCUAGAUACGUUUCUCAGAGCUGACUGACCUUGUAUUCACUAAACCGACUGCAAAUGUUUAUAUAGGUCACAAGAACAAGUGUGUCAAAGUGUUCAGCUGCUUACAUAGAAAGGAAAAUGACAGAAACCGAAUAGAAUUCUAACCAUUUUAUACCCAAAUUAACCAUAACACUACAAUGAUUAUCUCCAGGGCUAUUUGUCCAGCUCAGCAAUCCUCAACAAAAUGAAGUCGUUUCCAAUUCUCUGGUCAGUUCUCCACAAUUCAUUGCUUAGUGAAUAAUCCCCAAUGCACUUUCAGAAUCAAUCUGUGGCGAUCAAGUGUAUGUUUUACACAAACUUGGAUAAUGACCUUACAAAGAAUAUUCCCUUGGAACAAUAUAGUUGUUAUAUUGGGGGGAGGGGGGGGAAUAUCUUUUAGUUUUAUUAUUUUUUUGUGUCCACUUUUCAAUUAGAUUCACAACUCUACAGAACUUACCGUUUAGUGAUUUAUUUUGUUAUUUUUAUAUCUGGUUGUGUUUUUGUACUGUUGUCACACUAAUCAUUUUCUUUUGCAUAAUUUUUCUGUGGUUGUAAAAAUUUGCGUGGAUAAUGUCAGGGUACUGUAACCUAUCAGCCGUCGGAUGUUCUGCACUGCAUGGCAUGUUAUCUGGUAGUGGAGAGGUUAAGGGACGGUUGUCUGUUACGCCCCACCUGUUUAAUGCGUCUGCCUGUCUGUGUGACUCUGAAAUUAUCUUCAUAAUUCGUUCUAAUCAAUGUGUUCCAGGCAAACCAUGAAGGGAAAUGCCCGUAUAUGCUGGCACCGUGCCCAGCCUGCAAAGAACUGAUCCGCUGCCUUGACAAAGACUGGCACAACGAGAGAGAGUGCCCGGAAAGAAAGCUAAACUGCAGAUACUGCAAGCUGUCCUUUUACUUUCCAGAGAUUAAGGUGCAGCCCAGCCCCCAUAUUAACCUCUUCCUGUCCAUUCUAUAUUAUGAUUCCGUCAGAGUACGGGUGUUGAGUACUUAUGUCUUAUGUUAGUGCUGAUGGUGUGUGCAGCAGGUAGGCCAGAGCUUACAUCAUAUGACAAGCUUCCUUAAUUUACACCCAUUUUAAACCACAUAAAAUAUCACUUCCUUCUUUUUUUAAACGUACAUUAAAGCAGGAUGUAUCAAUUUAAAACGGCAUUCACAUAAACGCAGUAUUAUGCCGUGUGUCCACUAAACCGUAUUGAAUAAAUAAGAGUGGAUGAUUUAAAGUUCCAAAUGUAUUAUCUGUAUACAUCGCUGGAAAGCUAAAAAUGCCUGGAGUGUCCCUUUAAUAAUAUAAACCCACCCAGUAUAACUGUAACCUAACCUACACAGUGCACCUAACGUGUGUGGGAGCCUGGAGUGUCCCUUUAAUAAUAUAAACCCACCCAGUAUAACUAACUGUAACCUAACCUACACAGUGCAUCUAACGUGUGUGGGAGCCUGGAGUGUCCCUUUAAUAAUAUAAACCCACCCAGUAUAACUAACUGUAACCUAACCUACACAGUGCAUCUAACGUGUGUGGGAGCCUGGAGUGUCCCUUUAAUAAUAUAAACCCACCCAGUAUAACUAACUGUAACCUAACCUACACAGUGCAUCUAACGUGUGUGGGAGCCUGGAGUGUCUCUUUAAUAAUAUAAACCCACCCAGUAUAACUAACUGUAACCUAACCUACACAGUGUGCCUAACGUGUGUGGGAGCCUGGAUUGUCCCUUAAAUAAUAUAAACCCACCCAGUAUAACUAACUGUAACCUAACCUACACAGUGCACCUAACAUGUGUGGGAGCCUGGAGUGUCCCUUUAAUAAUAUAAACCCACCCAAUAUAACUAACUGUAACCUAACCUACACAGUGCAUCUAACGUGUGUGGGAGCCUGGAGUGUCCCUUUAUAAUAUAAACCCACCCAGUAUAACUAACUGUAACCUAACCUACACAGUGCACCUAACGUGUGUGAGAGCCUGGAGUGUCCCUUUAAUAAUAUAAACCCACCGAGUAUAACUAACUGUAACCUAACCUACACAGUGCACCUUAUGUGUGUGGGAGCCUGGAGUGUCCCUUUAAUAAUAUAAACCCACCCAGUAUAACUGUAACCUAACCUACACAGUGCAUCUAACGUGUGUGGGAGCCUGGAGGGUCCCUUUAAUAAUAUAAACCCACCCAGUAUAACUAACUGUAACCUAACCUACACAGUGCAUCUAACGUGUGUGGGAGCCUGGAGUGUCCCUUUAAUAAUAUAAACCCACCCAGUAUAACUAACUGUAACCUAACCUACACAGUGCACCUAACGUGUGUGGGAGCCUGGAGUGUCCCUUUAAUAAUAUAAACCCACCCAGUAUAACUAACUGUAACCUAACCUACACAGUGCACCUAACGUGUGUGGGAGCCUGGAGUGUCCCUUUAAUAAUAUAAACCCACCCAGUAUAACUAACUGUAACCUAACCUACACAGUGCAUCUAACGUGUGUGGGAGCCUGGAGUGUCCCUUUAAUAAUAUAAACCCACCCAGUAUAACUAACUGUAACCUAACCUACACAGUGCAUCUAACGUGUGUGGGAGCCUGGAGUGUCCCUUUAAUAAUAUAAACCCACCCAGUAUAACUAACUGUAACCUAACCUACACAGUGCACCUAACGUGUGUGGGAGCCUGGAGUGUCCCUUUAAUAAUAUAAACCCACCCAGUAACUUACUGUAACCUAACCUACACAGUGCAUCUAACGUGUGUGGGAGCCUGGAGUGUCCCUUUAAUAAUAUAAACCCACCCAGUAUAACUAACUGUAACCUAACCUACACAGUGCAUCUAACGUGUGUGGGAGCCUGGAGUGUCCCUUUAAUAAUAUAAACCCACCCAGUAUAACUAACUGUAACCUAACCUACACAGUGCAUCUAACGUGUGUGGGAGCCUGGAGUGUCCCUUUAAUAAUAUAAACCCACCCAGUAUAACUAACUGUAACCUAACCUACACUGUGCAUCUAACGUGUGUGGGAGCCUGGAGUGUCCCUUUAACAAUAUAAACCCACCCAGUAUAACUAACUGUAACCUAACCUACACAGUGCAUCUAACGUGUGUGGGAGCCUGGAGUGUCCCUUUAAUAAUAUAAACCCACCCAGUAUAACUAACUUUAACCUAACCUACACAGUGCAUCUAACGUGUGUGGGAGCCUGGAGUGUCCCUUUAAUAAUAUAAACCCACCCAGUAUAGCUAACUGUAACCUAACCUACACAGUGCAUCUAACGUGUGUGGGAGCCUGGAGUGUCCCUUUAAUAAUAUAAACCCACCCAGUAUAACUAACUGUAACCUAACCUACACAGUGCACCUAACGUGUGUGGGAACCUGGAGUGUCCCUUUAAUAAUAUAAACCCACCCAGUAUAACUAACUGUAAAGUAACCUACACAGUGCACCUAACGUGUGUGGGAACCUGGAGUGUCCCUUUAAUAAUAUAAACCCACCCAGUAUAACUAACUGUAACCUAACCAACACAGUGCAUCUAACGUGUGUGGGAACCUGGAGUGUCCCUUUAAUAAUAUAAACCCACCCAGUAUAACUAACUGUAACCUAACCUACACAGUGCAUCUAACGUGCGUGGGAGCCUGGAGUGUCCUUUAAUAAUAUAAUCCCCACCCGGUAUAACUAACUGUAACCUAACCUACACAGUGCAUCUAGCGUCGAUGUGGGAGCCUGGAGUGUCCUUUAAUAAUAUAAACCCACCCAGUAUAACUAACUGUAACCUAACCUACACGAGUGCACCUAACAUGUGUGGGAGCCUGGAGUGUCCCUUUAAUAAUAUAAACCCACCCAGUAUAACUAACUGUAACCUAACCUACACGAGUGCAUCCCUAGCGUGUGUGGGGCCUGGAGUGUCCCUUUAAUAAUAUAAACCCACCCAGUACCUUAACUGUAACCUAACACACAGUGCAUCCUAGCGUGUGUGUGGGAGCCUGGAGUGUCCCUUUAAUAAUAUAAACCCACCCAGUAUAACUAACUGUAACCUAACCUACACAGUGCACCUAACGUGUGUGUGAGCCUGGAGUGUCCCUUUAAUAAUAUAAACCCACCCAGUAUAACUAACUGUAACCUAACCUACACAGUGCACCUAACGGGUGUGGGAGCCUGGAGUGUCCCUUUAAUAAUAUAAACCCACCCAGUAUAACUAACUGUAACCUAACCUGCACAGUGCAUCUAACGUGUGUGGGAGCCUGGAGUGUCCCUUUAAUAAUAUAAACCCACCCAGUAUAACUAACUGUAACCUAACCUACACAGUGCAUCUAACGUGUGUGUGAGCAUGGAGUGUCCCUUUAAUAAUAUAAACCCACCCAGUAUAACUAACUGUAACCUAACCUACACAGUGCAUCUAACGUGUGUGGGAGCCUGGAGUGUCCCUUUAAUAAUAUAAACCCACACAGUAUAACUAACUGUAACCUAACCUACACAGUGCAUCUAACGUGUGUGGGAGCCUGGAGUGUCCCUUUAAUAAUAUAAACCCACCCAGUAUAACUAACUGUAACCUAACCUACACAGAGCAUCUAACGUGUGUGGGAGCCUGGUGUGUCCCUUUAAUAAUAUAAACCCACCCAGUAUAACUAACUGUAACCUAACUUACACAGUGCAUCUAACGUGUGUGGGAGCCUGGAGUGUCCCUUUAAUAAUAUAAACACACCCAGUAUAACUAACUGUAACCUAACCUACACAGUGCAUCUAACGUGUGUGGGAGCCUGGAGUGUCCCUUUAAUAAUAUAAACCCCCUCAGUAUAACUAACUGUAAUCUAACCUACACAGUGCAUCUAACGUGUGUGGGAGCCUGGAGUGUCCCUUUAAUAAUAUAAACACACCCAGUAUAACUAACUGUAACCUAACCUACACAAUGCAUCUAACGUGUGUGGGAGCCUGGAGUGUCCCUUUAUUAAUAUAAACCCACUCAGGCAUCUUGAAUUAUUAACGUAAUGGACUCCUUUAAGUUUCACCGUCCAAUAUGUAAUCUUUUCAUCUCUUGUUAAUGGAAUAGGCUCACGAUGAAAUCUGCCCGAAGUUCCCCAUGACGUGCGAAGGCUGUGGGAAAAAGAAAAUUCCUAGAGAAAAGGUAAAUAAACCAGAUCGAUAUCGUUUUUUUUCUAUUUUCUAAAAAUGACACAGAAACAAGGAAAAUCUAGGAAAUGAAUCAAGGAACAAAUAAUCGAUAAAUCUAGUUUGUUUAAACAGAAUAGUAAAAAUAGGAGGGAACACGAGAGAGCUGAAAACGUUUGUGAUGAGAUCUGUUUAUUGCACAUAGUAUUGCUGGCUUACACUAAGAGCUGUGCAGCCUAUUAAAGCCUCGUGGCUGCAGGUUGAAGCUCUGUGAAAGGGCCUCAGUAUUAAUAGAAAGCCGGCCUCAUUGUAGCAACACCCACACUGUGUCCCGUCAGAGCAGCAAACCUUUUGCUGAAUCUCCCAAGUUUUACCUCUAACUGAAACCUUUAACAUAAAGUCUACGCUUUACAAGCAAGACAUGUUCUAUUCCUGUGCGUGUUGCUUGAUAUAAUCAUAUCGUAUCCAGACUGACUUGUACUGAACUGGGCCAAUCCGUGGUUUCCAAGUCACUGAAGCUCGUGGUGAAGCCUUAUUCCGAGAGGUGUAAUUGAGCUGGCUCUCUCUCUCCCUCCCUCACUCACUCCAGCUUCUCGGAUGAUGAAAUGUCUAUUUCUGCUGAAAUGACGCUAUUGUCAUUAGGCUGCAACAAGACAUAAGUGUUUUAGUUUCAGGAUAGAAACCAGUAAAUAUACAGAAUUUAUAUACUUUAUACAGAUUGAAAGUUGUUUUUUUUCCUUCUUAGAGGUGUCAGACUGAAUUAUUUGCUGUUAUAUCGGUUGCCAUGUUUUUUUAAUAAACCAUCAAGUUUCACGAACUGAGCAGAGAUUUUCAAAUCUAUACCCAAAUCAAAACCCAAACGAGUUUGCAAGAGCUGUAGCGUUUAUGGCUAAAAUUUAGUAAUUCCUUGCUCAGCCCCUGAUAAUACCCAUUUUAUUGAAGAAACCUGUGUACAACCUUUUUUGUUGCCCUAUUUUCUGGCGGCCAUUACAUGCGCAGGACACAGCUCUGGGUUUUAGAUAUGUUUCUGUAGCCAAGAUAUGUUUCUGUAGCAGAGUAGGCACAAUGUCGUAUAACUGUUACUAUAUUUAUGUAUGGUGUCAUAUUCUCCGUUAACACUCUCUGACUCUGUCAUAGUUCCAAGAUCACGUUAAAUCAUGUGGCAAAUGCCGAGUGCCGUGCCGCUAUCAUGUUGUGGGAUGUGCGGAGAUGGUAAGUGACUGAUUGUCUUUACACCUGUAGAAAGGGGGUAACACUGGACGUUCAGUGUGUUUAGGGGUGCAGGAAGAGCGUCCGGGAAAUAAUGCUGGCUGCGUUCUACACUUUAGAUUCGGCUCCUGAGGAGAAUAUCUGCAGUAAUUUAGCUGAGUUUAAGUUUCAGCUAUGCAGUAUCUCCUGCUCUUCCCCAGUCUUGUGAUUGCCAGAGGGUUACAGAACGCAUUACAGCACAGUCAAAGGGUUAAAGGCCAAGGUUAGUAGAGUUUUUUUUUUUUUUUAGGGGAGAUUGGAUAGACAUGCCUGAAAUUAAUUUAAAGGGAUUCUCCAAGCACCAUAACUGCCAUGUUUUAUUGCGGAAUAUGUCCAUGAAAACUUAGAUUUUAGUUCCUUUGCAAGUUUGUUUAUUGUGUUCUUUAUCACUUUUAUUGCAAAACAUUUUUUUUUUAUAUAUGUGUAAUCGGAUAUAGCUGCAGCAGCAUGAAUAAUACAUUAUAUUAGAUUCCAUUCUUGUAUUGAAGUACAAUAAACAAAUUAAUAAUAAAUAAAUAAAACCAAGAACCAUAAAGGCGGUACGCAGGCCCACCGUAAAUGAUGCCUGGAGAAGGCAAUAUACAAACGAUAACAUUUGUUCCAAGAUUCAAGGUCGACAGGCAAAAACAUUCAAACCCAAAACCUAAAAAAAAAAAAUUUCUACAGGAACUGAUGUGGAUCAGAAAUGUAUGGGAAAUUUAUCAAGGAAGGGCUUGGACGCCUUACUAACAAUUAUUUAUCUCAGGUGCCAAAGUUCCAGCCCAUUCCACAGGCAAUCUGUAGGCUUCCAAAUUAAGCCCCUACAGAUAAAAAAGAUUGGGAAGCAUGGCGUGAGCAGGCAGUGUAUACGCGCACUUUACACAUGUUUUUGAUGGUUUAAUAGGGUAGUAAGGAAUCUGAAAACUGCAGAUUGAGAAGGAAAUGCACUAGAAUUAAGAGACUUUUCCAUGAGUUUACAGUAAGCUGUAGUGGUUAUGGUGUUUGCCAUUUCCUUUUAAAUAUCUCAAACGUGGUAAUGGAUAUUUGUAUAAUCCUAUACCACAUGGUUCUAAAUUCACCAUUGGUCUUUUAGUUUACCCACUCCUGGGUCGGUAAGAGUAUUGAUUGUAAAAACUAAGAAGAACUGAUCAUUCACAUUUCUUUUACAAGUUCUGAAAAAUGAUCCAUAUCUCUUAAAGCCUUACAAGGAUCGUUUCCCCAGGAAAUCGAUACAUUUUAAUGUGUGUAUUAAAUAUCUCCGAACGGAACCCAUUGCUGUACCUUUAACAUGACUCAGAGUGACAGGGACAUAUACACAGUUGAUGUUUUCUUUUCUGGUUAUAGUGAUGUGUAGCAUCUUUAAAUUAUAUUUCUUAAAGGUCAAUUCAAUAAUGUUCCACCAUAAAUCUUUUCUGAUGUUCUUAGGUGGAGAACGACAAAUCUUUGGAACAUGAAAACAAGAGCCUGGCUGAACACUUGGCGAAAGUACUUGACGUUAUUCAGCAGAACAAAAAGGAGCAUGUGGAGCUGUCCCACCGAAUGGGUUCACUGUCUGUGCAGGGCAGCCCAGCUUCACUCUCCAGCAAGAACCCACCUUCAGCAUUGGACCCAUCCAAGGGAUCGGAUACACAGUGGCUGUUUGAAAUGCUUGAGAAAAAGAUGAUAACGUUCGAGAACAUAGUGUGUGUGCUCAACAAAGAGGUGGAACGGACGUCUUCCGUGGUGGAAGAGCUAAUGAGGCAACGACGCUCUGAUCAAGAAAAAAUAGAUGGCUUAAAUACCAAGGUCAGCACAAAGAGACUGCAACAUAUUCCUUCGUUAUCAAAGAAUUUCCACAUCAUGCUUAAUUAUCAGAUAUAAUAGGGGAGGGUGUUAGAUCACAGGAUGGGAGAAGGAUUUCCGCUUAAAAUUGAGUAAUGGGCAGGCGGCGAGUAUGUGAAAUGCAAUUUAUGGAUUCCAUUAAAUAAUUUACUUUCACAGCAUUGGUUACAUUCAGCAAGAAGUUACACUUUCCAACAAAGCGAUUGUAUAUACUUUCACUUUCAUUACUCAUCUUAUCCAAUGAAGCUUUUAUAGCCCUGAAACCAGGAGACUGGGCUGGUUUGGCAUUAGAUUGAUUUGAUCAGCGAAACGUAAACUCGUAAAUUCUAUGUUGAAAUAGAGAGCUUUUACUAGAAACUAAGAUUUUACAGAAGAUAUGUUUGGGCUGACUCGCUUAUAAAAUAAAUGCAUAUAGUGAUUUACAUCAUUGUUAAUUAGGCUGAAGAACAUGGGAUUCUAAUGAACCAAAUACUGUCUAUCAAAUCAUUAUGUAGCAAGCAUGACCUGUUUAAACAUUGGGUUGUAAUUAUUAUUUUUUUAAUAGCUGAGAAUAACCUGUUCCUUCGCUGUAGAUGAAGUCUCCUUCCCUUCUUAGUAGAUGACCUGUUUGAUCUUUGUACUGUUCUGUUCAGGAGAUCACUUUGUAUCCCCCCAGUGUAAAUAAAGAGUUCAUCAAAGGAAGAUCAUCUAACAUAUGUUUAUCUUGUAUAUACUCUAUAAACACCUCACAAUGUUCUCAUACCUUAUUGAUAAAGUUGGAUGUUUUGUUUUGAUUGGAAAUAUCAGCGAAGGCCUAGUAUAGUGUGUCUAACCCUCUCUCGACCUUUUAAAAUCCCACCAAUGCAAUCUUCCAAGAUGAGUUUGACUUACACAAUGUGAUUGUCCUGUACCAACAGGUUCGGCAGUUGGAAAGAACCAUUGGCCAGAAAGAUGUUCUCAUGACGGAAAUGGAAACCCGACUUCAAGAGAUCGAUUUGUCGACCCACGAUGGGAUCUUUAUCUGGAAAAUCACAGAUAUCUCCAAGAAAAGGCAGGAUGCCAUUGUGGGUCGAUGUCCGGCCAUGUUCUCUCCUCGUAAGUUACCAGUCAUGGACGAUAAUUCACCAUGGUGUGGGGAAAUCGAAUGAUCUGCAAAUUUGUCUUAACACCUUGCUUCUUAGACAAGGCUAGGUUUUAAUUAUCGAACGUGUUGCAUUAUUUUUUUUUUAUUAUAAUUUUUUUUUGAGUUCCUUUAUUUAGGGUGGUGUUGCUGUAAAUAGAAGUACUUAAGAGAACUGCUGGUUUACUAACCCCAGAUUAGUAGCCUUCACUCUGUCUCACCAGAACGGCUCAAAACUCCAGCUCAUUGAGUAAAUGUAUUCAUUUAUUUGACCAGAAUAAUUGGAAUUUACAUGGCUUUCCUUAUCAAGAUAUUUUAACAUAAUGUAUAAGGCGGACUGCAAAACAAUUUUUUUUAUUCUAUCUUCAAGUAGAAUGAGUCGUUCAUCAAGUGUUUCUUGGCUAAAUAUGAAGUAUGUAUCUUGGCAAUAAAAAAAAUAUUUACACUGCCCAACGCUGUACAAAGUUUUACUGCAGAAACCAACAGUAAACCAUUGCGAUUAGUGUUAGUUUUGGCCGCGUAAAUUAACCUUCAUAUGGUUCCAUUCUACCUCUAGCUUUCUACACCAACAAAUACGGCUACAAGAUGUGUUUACGCAUUUACCUUAAUGGCGAUGGCACCGGUCGGGGAACACACAUUUCUCUCUUCUUCGUGGUGAUGAAGGGACCCAACGAUGCCUUGCUACGAUGGCCUUUCAACCAGAAAGUAAGUGUUAUACCAAAUUAAUGGCCGUAAACAUUGCGGGGACUGUUCACCAUAGUUAAUCAUGUGAAAUCCAGGGUGAUAUUAUAGAAAAGGCUUUUGAAAAUAGUUUUCUCUCUUGUUUUGCCAUAUCUGUUUCUAUAUGUAUAUGAAUACAUGGCUUCCGAAGGUUAUAUUAUCUCGUUGAUAAAUAAUUGUUUAGCUGCCAGCUGACUUUAUUAUUUAGCUCUAAAACGUUCUAAUGAAACAAUUUGACAGAUGUCACCUUCAGCUGUACAAAGCAUUCUGGGGCAUUUUUUCACGUUCUUACUUUUUUAUAAAUAAUUUUUCUGGCUGCAAGCCUAUGCUCCCCAGUAUACAUCCCUGCUUAGAUGGGGUGGGAGGUGUAUUCUCUUUGAAGAAUUAGGUGACAAUUUGCAUUUUAUGCCACUGAUUUUAAUGUAAACAAUCAGCACAUCUCAUCACGUAUCAUAUGUCAGAGGUGUAAAUUCUGCUUUGGUUAUGCUGUAUUUGCUAAAAAUAUAUAUAUUUUUUUACAGAUUUUAAACUUUCUGCAGUGCUCUAAUACGUAAUAUUACCAUUUAAUGCAGCUCAAACCUUGCAGUGAACUUCUCACUUUCGUUUUAUACACUCCUGUUGUACAUUCAGCAGACACAUGCGAUUAGCUCUGUUUUGUAUAUGUUGCCAGCGGUAAAUCCAUUGUCUCAAGAUCCCAUCUGUGUAUUGCCGUGCACAUGCAAACUUUAAAGGGAUACUCCAUGCACCAAAAUAACUAUCUUAAUGAAGCAGUGUUUGUGUAUAAAUUGUUCCCCUGUAACAUCAGUGUUCAAUUCUCAAUUUAUUAGUUAAAUCACUUUGUUUACACAGUCCUAGCGUCACAUCAUCUGGCUGUAACGCACAUACAGCCUCACUACAAUACACUUCCUGUAAAGAGAGAUGUAAUUUUUAAACUACCUUCAUUGCACAGUGUUAGUUUAGAAAUUCAUAUCUCCUGCUCUGUUAAUUGCCUUCUAGAGCAUGCAACAGCCUUAUGUAUGUGAUUAAAGUUCAAUUAAUAGAGCAAGAGAUAAGAACUUCUAAAGUGAACACCUUGUGCUAUCAGAUCAUCGAAAAGGAAACUUUUUUUUUCCCCCAUGCAGGCUGUGUCAGUCACAGCCUAGAGAGGUGUGGCUAGGGCUGAAUAAAUGGAAACAAAAUUGAUUUAACUCCUAAGUGGCAGAUACUUGAGCAGUGAGAUUGCAGGGGCAUAAUCUAUACACAAAACAGCUGUAUUAAGCUAAGGUUGUUUUGGUGCUUGGUGUAUCCCUUGGUGUGUCCCUUUGACUGCCCACUGCAGCUUUGUGGAGUGUGUGUCUCCUUGCACACCUUUUAGUAUUUUAUGAAUGAUAAAUGCCAGAGAGACACUAAAUAAAAUAGAUAACAGCAAAUUUAAUUAUGGAAAAACUUUGAUUCUUGUACGAUAGAUUUAUUUUACCAGAGAAAUGUCAGCAUGUAGUUAAGGACGGGCACCCCGCCAUGCAUGCUGUAUAUAUGACGUGAUAAUGGAAGCGUCAAGGUCGCAGCAAUGUAAUUAAUUACUUUGUAACACUGCACCACUUCAAGGACAAAGUCAAGAUCAUUUCAUGCACACAAACAAACAAUCAGAGCUGGUUUAUAAUCCGUUAAAACAUAUAAAAUAAUAUCAAAAGAGUGGGGUGUUUGUACUCAGACAACACUUAAUCCUGUGCUUUUUGGAUUAUGGAUAUAAUGUGGUAAACUGUCAUUGUUUGUUUUAUUAGUUCUAAACUUCUGCUUGUUCUUUCUAAAGGUCACCUUGAUGUUGCUUGACCAGAACAAUCGGGAGCAUAUGAUAGAUGCCUUCAGACCAGAUAUCACAUCUUCUUCCUUCCAGAGGCCCGUCAGUGAAAUGAACAUUGCCAGUGGUUGUCCACUGUUUUGCCCUCUUUCCAAGCUGGAAGGGAAAAAUUCUUAUGUCCGUGAAGACACCAUUUUUAUCAAAGUCAUAGUUGAUCUCACUGGCCUCUAGUGAUUCUUAGAGCUACACCAGUGUCCUUCCUUCACUUUUCAUGGGAUCCCUUGGAAUACAUAAGUCACCAGUUGCUGCAGUGCGAUGUUCAGAUGCAGUGCCAUUUCUAAGAGGAGAAGCCACAGAUAUUUGCAAAGACCAUCUGGAAAUGAAUGCUUGUGGUGACCUGUUGAAGCCUUCAUUCUGUUCCGAGUGGAGUUGAGAAUUGCAAGAUGAAAGGAGAGCAAUGUAUUUAAAGAUUUCAGAGGAGAAUUUAAAGAACGAAUCAAAGUUGGGUGGUGGGAAUAAGCAAGUGAUCAUAGAAUGCAGCAAUGACAGGAAUGUUGGGGGGGGGGCUGGUUAGAUUUUGAGAAGGUGAGGAAGACGAAAGGAUGGUGGGUGCAAGUUGUGAGACAAGGUUUGGUUAUAGUGGAUGGUGUGGGACAGAUAAAAUUUGGGAGUUAAAGCAGUGGAGAGUCAAAAAAUGCAAUAGCCAAUAGCCAUUUAUUGGGCAGAGAAUAGCUUGUAAUAUUAUCAAGUUCAGUGAUGCAAUGCAUCUGUACACAUCAAAUGCAUGUACUCUCCCUUUUUGGAAGUUCAGAGAAAUGUCUUCAGUUUCGUGGAGGAAAGAGAAGUGCAGAUCUCGCCUAUGAGAUAACUAUGCAAUAGGCUCUGGCAAGGUAAAAAGAGUCGUUUUUCCUCUAGAAGAUUAAAUUACUGUCAGAAAAGAAUUGAUGGUCAUUCAUACCCUUUAGAUGUAGAUGUGUCCCAUUCAUAGUCAGUCCUGGAGAACGGGUUCUUUACUCGCUUUUGUUGGGUUUCUUAUUGUCAUAACUUCCCUAUUGGAGAUGCCAGAUGAAAACCAAGAAGAGAGUUUUUGUUACUUGAGGAGACUUUCGUGGAGGUUGUCUUCUUCAAAAAGAACACCGCAUUUAUUAUUUAGAAACUGUAUCUAGUAAUCCAUCUAUUUUGCAUUUAAUUUUCACAAAAUGCCUCAAAGUAUGAAGGUUAUGUAGAGUCCAUUUAUGCCCCUCAGAAGUUUUUGGUUGGAGACCCAGCAGUUGACUAGGCUUUAGAGGUGCUCUUAAGCUUAACAUUGUUUUUGUAUUAAAAUGACUCUACAAAUCCUGAUUUCCAAGCAGGGAUGGCUCUAAAAGUGGAUUUGCAAAUUCCUUUCCAGCAUUUGAGAAAAUUAUAAAAUCUAUUCCAGGAGUGAGAGUACGAACUGCGAGCUUCCCAAGUAUGUAGAGAACAUGCAUUCUGCAAUGUGUGCAAGAUAUUGGAUCACGGAGUUCAAUGGGUUUCUGUAAAUAUAACUUUACACUUAAUAUUUAUCAGAUGUAACUAGUUUCGUAAACUUGUAUGUGAUCAGCUAUUGACCACAUUUCUGUAUCUGUGACCACAAGUAUUAACGUGGUCUGGUGACAUGUGACCUAUAUUAAUGAGAUGAGUUUAUACCACAUUGGGAAUCCAAUACACCUUUAAUAUACUGUGUAAUUUAUUGUCAUUGUUCAAACAACCAUACAGCUAUACUCCAAGUACAGGAGUACAAACAUGGAUUCCUAACUUUGAAGUGACUUCCUAGCGAAAUAGAUUAUUAGGCUCCAUAAACAAAUAAAAUUAAUACAUCUUUAACCUUAGUUCCCACUGGCACGCCAAUCUUGCUGAGCUCAUCCCUUGGCUUCACAACGAGGCAUUGGGGUUUAGGGUGUGUGCGUGGCAGUCGCAAUCAGCAUCUCAUCUUAGAAAUGUAUUUAGUGCAGGUCUAUGGGGAGCGUUCAGCACCCUCAUGCUCACUGUGAAGACACAAGACGUAAGUCCUGCAAAGAUUUCAGGACUGCAACAAAAAGCCUCCCUAGUGGCUGCCCGAGUGACUUGACAGAUUGACUGUUUGAGUGACAGACACUAGAGGGAGCUUUAGGCAACAAUGUAAACUCUGUCUUUUAUCAGAAAAGGCAGUGUUUACAAUUGUUAGCCUGUAGGGAAAGGCUCUCUACACCAGAACCAUUACAUAAAGCUAGUUCUGAUAAACAAAGUGUCCCUUUAAGUGCCACAUCCUUUAAAUAUAUGUCAUGACAUAAACAUGGGUAGACCAUGUUUUGUUCCAAAUUGGGGUUACCUCACUCAAUCCUCUAAGGACAUCUCAUAAAAUAAACAUGGGUGGACCACGGUCAGUUUUAUCUCACCUGUUAACGGGUAGAUUCAUAAGCAGCACUUCAAAACAUUGUUAUCCAUACUUAAUUUUUUUCUUUAGAGAGGACGGAGAUUGCUACCUUGAUCGUAUCCCCUUGCCAAAGAACACCUUUCUCAAGUGGGCUUUAUUAAAAAAAAACGCAGUCAGCAGGUUCAAUGAUACGUCUAGGGACGUUAUACAAUGAUGUGCUGAGAAAUGAUCAGAGGGGUUCAAUAUCUAAUCAUCUAAAUCAGUGGUUUCCAAACCAGUCUUUAAGUACCCCCUAACAGACCAGGAUUGAGGAAUUACCCUGUUGUGUCUAAGGUGUUUUUAGAAAAAUAAAACACUUUAGACACAACAUGGUAAUCCCUAAAUCAUGUACUGGUAUGGGGUACUUGAGGACUGGGUUGGAAACCCCUGAUCUAGAUUAUUUUAAUGGAUAUUUGGAGGGGGAUCACUUCCUGGAGUAGUCCUCCCAUUUUUACACAUUGAUGCGUGGCCAGGUAUUAGAAGGAGGUGUCUGGGACAUUCUCUGACCUCCUGGCUGUAUGUAUUUUUGUUCUCAAGUAGGCCUUGGGACUCUUUAACACUUUAACUGGAAAGAUGAUCAGGUUUUUGUGUAGUUAAAGUGGUUGUUAUAUGGUGAUUUACUGGUGAAUGGUGGUGUAGGAUACUUCCCUGUUAGGAAACGCACAACCUGGAUUAAUUAAUAGGGGCCGGGGGUUAUUAAACCCCAGCGGGAGGAAGUGUUGGGUCUUCAGCAGAGGCUGGCCAGAUCACAAUGUGCAUUUCUAGACCUUGAUAGCAGAUUAGACAGCAGGAGGAGAUGCAAGGUUUUCCAAGACUCCUCGGGUUACCUCGUGGGUACAUUGAGGAGUUGUGAUCAGUGGAUGUCUCUCCUGAUCUCUGAUGUUUUAUAUGUUACAUUCAAUCCAUCGCAUGUCACCCACCUCUUCUACAAACCAGUGAAAGUUAGUGUUGUACUAAACUUGGUGACCUACAACCAUCUGUCAUGCCAGCCAUGCAUAAAAUCCACACUGGUGAUUAUUUUUACUGUUUUAAUUUAAAAGUUAGUAUUUAAUCAAUUAAUUAAAAGCUCUAAAUAAAAAGUUAUUAAUUCAUUAAAAAAAAAAAAGUUAUGAGUUGGCAGACAUUUUUUUUUAAAUAUCUCUAAAUUGUUCCUUGUAAGUCUCCAACAGUUGGAUUGUGGGUAAUGUUAAUUAAACCAGAUGUGAUUGUGACACUGUCCUGUGUUUGUUCUUUCCCCCACGACACUUGCUUUUGUUUUUUGCCGUUUGACCUUCUGUGGGAAUUUACUGCAUUUGUUUCCCAUUGUUUUCUUAGUUCAGCUGUUAUGAAGAGCAUAAUUCAUGGAAAAACAUGAAUGAAACUACACGUCAAUAGCAGCCACAAUUUGGCAUUUGUUGGGCUUGAGAGUAGCUUCAUUCAUGCUUUUUUUUUUUUCCCAUGAAUGAAGCUAUGUUCCAUUCUGUAUGAGCUAUGAGAGCAUGCUAACUGUUCACAUGGUUGGUCAUGAUUUCCCUGGGUUGGUGGGGGCCAGUUGCGUUAGUUUAGCGGUUCUAAUGAACAGAAUAAACAAGGUCUGUCCACUAACCAGCUGCUGUACAAUAAUUCAAAGCAUGUUUUUAUUUAUUUUUUUGAAAAUCUGUUUAUUGAAGAAAAGAGAGGGUUACAGAAAGAAUUCGGCUCGCAGGCCUACUUAGAAGACAAGGGUAUUGUAGCGAUAUUUCCAUAUUUUGAGUCACAUUUUUUUGUGCCCACAUAACCACGUCUCCUGACAGGGUUUAAUUACAGCGAUAAGUUACGUAACUAACAGUAGGCGUACAUAGGAUAACAGAAAGGUAAGGUAUGUAGAGUGACAACCGUCAUUGUUUUGGCGUACGUACAUAUGUAUAGUAUGUAACAUCCUUAUUGCUAGUAAGCGGACUUUUAACAUAAAGCGUGGCUCUAAGUCGGGUGCCUUCAUAAGACACAGUAUACUUUGUAGCAGGAGUGCCUAAUAAUAGGCUGGACAUAGUUAACUAGCUCCUGGCAUGAAAGGAGCAUAGGCGCUUUGGUCUUAAGGUUAGGCUUGGUUAUCCUAUGGGUGUGUUCCCAUGUCCCGCAAUUCGAUGUACCGAUAAUAGUGCCAGUAUUAUGUAUUCCUUUUUUUUUUUGGCUUUCUUGACUCUUGGCUUCCCCCUCCUCCCCCUGUCCCCCAGGCGUGUGCAUUGUGUAUCAGACAUGUAAGAGGGGUCAGCAUGGGAAAGAGUGUCGAAAAGGGAGAAAAGAAAGUAGCGGUCCUAUCAGGUUCCCCUCCCCCCCUUGUCCCCAUAUCGCGUCCCGUGGGUGCCCAGUGGUUAUAGUAGCGUGCGAGAAGGGAAGUCUCGGUUGGGUCACGUAUUUUCAGCGUUUCGGAAUGUGUGUGGGAGGGUUGGGUCGGCGGGCCGAUGUUGGUUUCAUCUGCCCAGGGAUUAUAUUUCCAGUGAUAGAGUGGUCCCAACCCCCACGGCUUUGGCGGGGUAGGCGCGUGAUCUGUCUCCCCGUCCACCGUAACUCCCUCCCCCCUCACGAGACCUUUAGUGCCCUCCAGCCUGGUAGACGAACCAUGGUUGCCACAUCUCCGCGUGCCUGGUCCCCCGACCCGUCAGGGAUGCCUGUAGUGCUUCCGCCAACUGUAUGUCUCCGACUCUGUUUCGCCAUUCUGCAACCGUGGGGACCUCAGUUCGUUUCCAAUAUACAGGGAUAAGGGCUUUAGCUGCAUUCAAUAGGUGACGUAGGAUGGACUUCUUGUAACAAGAUAUGGAUCGCGAGGUGAUGUGCAGGAGAACUAGUUCCUUGGACCAUUCCGUGUCCUCCCCUAGUACCUCUUUGAUUUCAGACCGAAUUCGUUCCCAAUAUGGGAUAAUGAUCUUACAAUCCCACCAAAGGUGUAUGAUCGUGCCUCUCUCCUCCUGACAUCUCCAGCAUGUUGGGGACGCCGUUGGGAAGAUCCUGUGUAGGGCAACUGGUGUUCUAUACCACAUGGAUAUCAGUUUAUAGUUUACUUCCUGAUAGUGUGAGCUGGAGGAACUCUUGUGUUGCCAUAAAAGUGCUGCGUCCCACUGUGAUUGCGAUAUCGGUUCGCCCAUUUGUUCUUCCCAUUGUCUCCUGAAGGUGUUGUUAGUUGGGGUAGCUCCCAACAGCAGGUGUUGGUAUAGCAGUGAAAUUGCUUUGUCGAGUGUGGCGCCUCGUUGGCAAAGACCCUCAAACCAUGUGAGGUCUCUAUGUAGGUGUUCCCUGCGUGGAAUGGAUCUAUAGUAGUGUGUUAGUUGCAGGUAGCGGAGGGACGCCAUGGGCGUAUUAGGUCUGUCGGCCAUUAAUGUGUUUAGGGGUCGAAGUGCCCCUUCUUGGAGGACCGUUCGAAUCGGGAUGUAGUCCCCCCCUCCAGAAAUAUCCAGGCCUUGGCCGAAAUGCCUCCCGCCAGAUUUGGGUUGGGGACUAUGGGGAGCAGGGGACUGGGGGUCGGGGACACAUGGCUGGUUUUCCGUAUCGUUGCCCAAGUCUUCAGCGUCUGCGUCGUCGGGUUCCCUGCUCCUUCGCCAUCGCGACACCUUGGUCCCCCUUGCCAUACCGCCGCUUUAAGUGUGGCCCGUGAUUCUCCCCCAUCCAGGACGACCCAUUGUUUUGGGGAAUCAGCCGCGUGCCACUCCAGGAUUCGUUGAAGUGUGGUGGAAAGCAUGUUUUUAUUGACCAGAAACUCACUAGAAAACGUGCCAUCAGAGCUGGUCCCCAGGGAAGUCUAAAAACCAUACUUUCAUACUUCCAAGGUCAAUACAGUGAACACCAUUAAGUUGGGCAACGGCAUCCUGAACCCAGGACCUGCUUGGAAACUAGCGACAAGCUGAAAAUACCUUUUAAUAUUAUUUUAAGCAGGUCUUCCUUACCCUCUCCUAGUCGUCCUGCAGUUGCCUUUUAACUGUGCAUCCCAUUCCCUUUCAGUUCUUUAAUACUCCCGCAACAGAGUAAAAUGGGUUCUAUUCUUAGUAUGUCACAAUAAUCACACUCUGAAUGGUAAAUGGAUAUGAUCAAACUAUAGUUAGCGCUAUAACUUAUGGAAUGAGCACAAGUAGUUGUGGAACAUUCAAUUUUAACACCUUGUAUAAUAUCAAUUUUAAGUAAUUUUUCUUUAAGUAGUCCGAUUUUAUUUUUUCCGCAAAAACCUUAAACAGAUACUACUAGCACCAUAGCCACUACAGUGUGUUUUGGUUAUGGUGCCAGGAGUGUCCUGGUGUUAUCCCUACCCCCCUUCCAUUAGCUCUCCUGAUGGCUAUAAUGGAGGCAGGGUUUGACUACUAACGGUAAAACAGUUUGAAUACUAACAAAGGGAGAGCACCAGGGCACACCUUGCACCAUAACCACUACAGUGUGCUGUAGUGGUUGUGGUGCUUGAAGUGUUCCGGUAACACUGCAUAAGGCAUAUGUGUAAAUGCUAACAUUUUUACAGGUAUCACUUAUUAUUAAUUGUAUCUAUUUAUUUAUUUAAACGAGAACUUUCAAAGUAUCGCUGAGAAAAACUCGUUCCCAGUCUCGUAAUGACAGAAAAUGAAAGCAGGAUUAUCUGAAUUCUCAAGGGACUGCAUAAUAAUGCUUGAUAAUAAUGGACAAAUACACAAAUCAGGAAUUAUGGGAAUACAUUGUAAUAACAAGAUUAGUACACCGUAUAGCAAACCGCAAGUUACUUCUAUGACUUGCGCUACUGUGAGGAUCCUUUGAUUUGUCAGUGACUUGACGCAGUGUAUGCAACAAUAUCUGAAAGUGAGAUGGGGAAAUUAGACUGAAAAACGUACAAGCAUGGCUUUAAGAAUGCAAAGUAUAAACUACAAAUCCUGGAUAACCGUUGCUAAAGAUACCAUAAGAGCUUACAAUGCCGGAUCAAGGGCAUUAAAGAUUAAAAGUUCUGAUAUGUUGUUAUAUUGUGUUAUAUAGUAGUUAAUCUUUUUAAUUUGUGUGAUAAGUAAGAUGAUAGAAAUAAUCUCAGCAUUACAAUAUUUGUGUUCCUUGUGUUACAGUGCCACUAUAGACAGGCGCAGAGCUCUUUUUAAAUGUCAUAUAGACGAUGCAUUAAGUAAAAUGUAAAUAAAAUUCACAGUGUUAAAGUGCUACUUCGAGCAAGAAAAGCGUAUAGUCUGCUGUAGUGGUUAUAAUGGACUCUUGGCCCUGCAGUGUGGCAAACCGUUUAAACAAACCCUUACCUACAUCCCUACUGGACUCUGAUGCUACGUGGCGGUCCGGUAACAUGGUUCUGGUUUCGGCAGAUCCACAGAAGCUGCGUCCAUCGCCAUUCAUUGGCUGAGAACAUCAGCCGGCCAGCAAUGACCAUCUUUCUGUGCAAGAAAGUUAUACAGAAUUGACAUUAGCCAGCUUGGAACUGGUUGAUGUCACCCCAACAUUUCAUAGUGAAAAGCUGCACAUACAGACUUCAGGCACCAUAACCACUUCAAAUUACUUAAUUUUCUUUUAGUAAAAGUCUCAAUCUACAGUUUUACUCUGCAAUAAUGAUGAUUGCAUUUGCUUGAUAAACUGAACGGAGCCACACUGCAACUUAUAUCAGUUUAUACACAUCUAUGUUUACAGGUUUUUUCCUGGUCUUACUGUGCAUGCACACUACUGUGACUCAGGCUCUCAUCAGUGGAGGAGAGAAGUCUGCCUCAGACACCCAAACUUGUGUUUUCCGUACCUAACUGCAUGUUAUAUAAGUAGCAAAUACCAUAAGGCAUCUAAUUACAGGAAUAGAAACAGUAUAUGGUUGUAUUGUGUUGUAUUUUUAACUUUGUAUCUGUAACAUGGUUCAUAUCAUAGACUUACUCCCCUACUAUGACACAGACUGUCUCUCCUUAGUUAUUAUAAUGUACCGAACAGAAAUGCUGCGUUAGAGCGUCUCACAAGUACUAUAUUUUUUUAUUUUAUUUUUUUAAAGUACCUGUUAUUUUGUAAUAAAAUAUUGCAUGUUUUUAUAUCUAAUAAUCGUAAAUAAAAAAUAAUAAAGGUUUGAAAUUCAAGUA